AUGGUGGAACAGUCGAACAGUGUAAUGGCCAGCGAGAUUCCUGGACCUGUCGCCAAGGGAUUUUUUAUCGUUCCAGACGAAAACGAGUGCAAAUACAGACCCUGCGACGUAUUUGCUCAUUGUACUAACACCCUAGGGAGCUUUUCGUGUACCUGCUUUCCUGGAUACCAUGGAGACGGAUUUCACUGCGAGGAUAUCAAUGAGUGCGACGAUCCUGCCAUUGCUGCCAGAUGUGUGGAAAAUGCCGAGUGUUGCAAUUUACCAUCUCACUUCCUUUGCAAGUGCAAUCCUGGAUUUCGAGGCGAUGGAGAGGUCCAGUGCCUCGAUAUCGACGAAUGCCAACAACCAAACAUCUGUGGACAAAACUCUCUGUGCCAAAACACCCCCGGAAACUAUUCCUGCGUAUGUCCGGAAGGAUUUUACGGUAACCCCUAUGACGGAUGCGUGGAUUUAGACGAAUGCCAACAACCAGGAGCUUGCGGACCAGGUGCCAUAUGUACGAACGUAGUGGGAGGCAGGCAGUGUCAUUGUCCACAAGGUUUCGAAGGUGAUGCUUACACAACAGGCUGCUUAGAUCUUAACGAAUGCGCAAGAAGUCCCUGCGGUCGGAACGCCCUCUGUUCCAACUUGGAGGGUAGUUUCAAGUGCUCGUGUCCUCCAGGAUACCUAGGUGACCCCAUGACAGACUGCUCAGACAUUAACGAAUGCCAAUCGAACCCUUGCCCCGCCAUCGCCACCUGCCUCAACACUAACGGCAGCUACACGUGCCGGUGUCCCGAGGGAUACGGCGGCUCCGGCUCGGAGGAGUGCGUGGACGUCAACGAGUGCGGCAAACCGGGCGCUUGCGGCAUUAACGCCAAAUGCAUCAACGUUCCCGGCUCAUACAAGUGCCUCUGUCCCGCCGGAUUCACAGGCCAGGGACACCUCUAUUGCGAAAAUGUUAACGAGUGUGAGGGAAAUCCGUGUGGAGAAAAUGCUGUUUGCACGGAUACUAUUGGAAGUUUCGUCUGUAGUUGCAAGGACGACUAUGCCGGAGACCCGUAUAAAGGAUGUACUGAUAUAGAUGAAUGUAGAACUUUGGAGAAACCAUGCGGAACUCACGCAAUAUGUGAGAAUGCUGUUCCUGGUUAUAACUGUUUGUGUCCACAAGGAUAUCAAGCUAAUCCCAGUCCACAAAUUGCUUGUGAACAAAUUGACGUCAACAUUCUUUGUCAAUCUAACUUCGAUUGUACCAACAACGCGGAAUGUAUAGAAAAUCAAUGUUUCUGUCAAAAAGGAUUUACCCCUAAAAAGGCAAUAUGCGUCGACAUCAACGAGUGUAAUAAUAGCACCAACCCAUGUGGACUGAAUUCAAACUGUUUCAAUUCUGUCGGAAGUUUUCACUGUGACUGCCAAAACGGAUAUGUGGGAGCACCACCCAUGGUACAAUGUAAAGCUCCAUGCGAUGAUGUAAAAUGUGGAAACCAUGCCUAUUGUAAGCCGGACGGUGACGAGGCUUACUGCAUUUGUGAAGAUGGAUGGACAUUUAAUCCAAGUGACAUUUCGGCUGGUUGUAUAGAUAUCGAUGAAUGCGAUAAAGCUAACGGACCAAGUGGGCUCUGCGGACUUAACGCAUUAUGUAGCAAUCUUCCCGGAACGUUUGCCUGUCAGUGUAAAGAAGGAUUUACCGGCAAUCCUAACAAACAAUGCAGUGACAUUAACGAAUGUUUACAAAGCAAUACUUGUGGCAUAGGAGCAGCUUGUGAUAAUAGUCCAGGAGGAUACACAUGCUACUGUCCUGAGGGAACAGUACCUGAUCCUGACUCAAAAACAAAAUGUAGCGAAAUUGUAACUUGUUCAGGCAAUAAUGAUUGCCCUGGAAAUGCUAUUUGUGAUGAUAAACAACGAUGCUUAUGCCCUGAACCUAAUAUUGGAAAUGACUGUAGACAUCCAUGUGAAAUAAUUAGUUGUGCUCCCAACGAGGAAUGCUUACUUGUAAAUCACAUUGCCACAUGCUUCUGUAGUUCAGGUUACGUAAACACAACAUCCGGUUGCGCCGAUAUUGAUGAAUGCGUCAAAAACCCAUGUCAAGAUGGUGCGAUCUGCAAAAACGAACCGGGAACAUUCUCUUGUCAGUGUCCAGGCGGAACAUCGGGUGAUCCUUACAGAGAUGGAUGCGUCCGAGUAGCACCUACCCUUAAAGAAUGCUCAGCGUACAAUCCAUGUCCGUCUGGUGAGCAGUGUAUUUUGGACGAAUUAACUAGCAGAAGUGUUUGUAUUUGCGUGAGUGGUUACGUUCGAGAUGACAAAACCGGAAAAUGUAGAGAUAAUGACGAAUGUACGGAAUUUAGAGACAAACCGGCAUGUGGGAUCAAUGCUAUAUGCAAAAACCUUCCCGGAAGUUAUGACUGUCAAUGUCCGCCUGGAUCUAACGGAAACCCAUUUCUGGAGUGUUUGGAAUGUAAUAGUCCUGAUUGUAAAUGUCAACCGCCAUACGAACUUAAGGACGGUAACUGUGUUUUAGCCAGUUGUAAUUCCGACGGCACUUGUCCUAAUGGAGCUGAGUGUAUUACAAUCACAGGUGGUGUAAGUUACUGUGCCUGUCCUAAAGGAUACAAGUCAUCAACUGAUGGUAGCUGUGAAGAUAUCAAUGAAUGUAUGGAUCAACAUCAAAUAUGCGGCUAUGGAGCAAAAUGUAUUAAUCAACCAGGUUCAUAUGAAUGUCAUUGUCCGGAAGGAUACAGUGGAGACGCAUAUAACGGGCUUUGUUCUCCAAAUCAGAAAAAAUGUAUCAGCGAUAAACAGUGUCACGAGAAUGAACGCUGCGUCCAACCUGGUGAAUGUGUCUGUCCACCACCAUACUUUACUGAUCUACAAGACAGUAAUAAAUGUAAAAGUCCUUGUGAACGAUUUCCCUGUGGAAUUAAUGCCAAUUGUACACCAAGUGAUCCACCAAUAUGUAACUGUAAACCAGGUUUUGAAGGCGAUCCCCUUCAAGGCUGUAUGGAAAUUGAUGAAUGUAAAGACGAACCGUGCGCCUACGGGGCACACUGCCUGAAUUUAAUAGAAGGAUAUAAGUGCAUUUGUCCUAAAGGAAUGACGGGAGAUCCUUAUAAAGGUGGAUGCAUUCUUGACACACCAGGCACUGUAAAAUCCGAAUGCCAAAGUGAUACAGAUUGUGUGAAAAUUUUAAGCUGCCAAGAUGGAACAUGUAUUAGUCCUUGUGCCACGGUUCGAUGUGGAUCUAAUUCGCGUUGUAGGCCAGAAAAUCACAAAGCUAUUUGUGAAUGUAAUGCAGGUUUUACCGUCAAUGGCAAAGGACAAUGUGUUUCUCCUUGUGAUGAAUUUAACUGCGCACCUGGAGCUCAGUGUAUUGUUACCACAACGGGUCCUACUUGUAGAUGUGUAGAAGGACUAAUAGGAAAUCCCUUCCCAGGAGGCCAGUGUGUUACGGAUGUAUGUUCUGCAAAAAAUCCCUGCGAAGACCCGAAAGUUUGUAUAAGCGGUCGUUGCAAACAACGUUGUCAAGGAAUAAUUUGUGGAGUUGGUGCCCACUGCGAUAAAAACUUAAACAAAUGUGUUUGUGACUUAAACCUUGUUGGAAAUCCUGACGUGAUCUGUAUGCCUCCAAAAAUUGGACCAUCAUGUAAACCAGCGUGUGGAAUCAAUGCUCAUUGUGAAUAUGGUCUUAUAACAAAUGAAUGCGUUUGUAACCUAGGAACUUCUGGCAAUCCAUAUGAAUCUUGCAAAAAGAUGAAAAUCGAAGAGCGUAGAGGAUGUACGGCUACAUCUUGCGGGGCAAACGCGGACUGCGUAAACACUUUUAACGGAUUUGAUUGUUCUUGCAAACGUGGAUAUGGAGGAAAUGCAUUUAUAGAAUGCAAAGAUGUAGAUGAAUGUAAAAACAAUGUCUGUGGAGAUAGCGCAGUGUGUAUUAAUACUAUAGGCAGUUACGACUGUAGAUGUAGAGAGGGAUAUGCUGGUAAUCCGUUUAUAAUGUGCACACAAGUCCAAGGAGGUAUAUGCAGAGAUGCGAAAAAUUGCCAAUGCAAUAACAACCUUUUAUGUCCCAAUGGGUAUUCGUGUCAAAGAGGACAGUGUUUGGAUCUUUGUUACAACGUUCACUGUGGUCCAAAAUCAACCUGUAAUAACGGACAAUGCAAAUGUUUCCCUGGUUUUACAGGCAAUCCUAAUAAUACAGAAACUGGUUGCCAAAUUGAAAGUCAGUGCACAAGUGAUUUGGAUUGUACAAACCAAGAAAUUUGUUUCCAGUUAGGAAAAGGAAUUCGCAAAUGUGUCGAUGCAUGUAGUAAAGCACAAUGUGGCCCAAAUGCCCUUUGUGUUACUGAAAAACACCGAACAACUUGCAUUUGUAAGCCGGGGUAUAAAGGUAACCCUGGAGACUUGACUACAGGUUGCCAAAUUGAAGAACGAGUCAACCCCAGGGAAUGUUUUACAGAUAGCGAUUGUAAAUUCGGAACUAUUUGUGGUGUAGACAGUAACAGUGUCCAAAAAUGUAUUAAUCCUUGCGACAUGGUUGCUUGCGGUCCAUACGAAAGUUGUAAAUUGGAUAUCGAAGGUCACCCAACUUGUGCUUGUAAAGACCAAUAUUUAUGGAACCCCGUAACGUCAACAUGUGAAAAACCAUCAGUCCCAGAGUGCAAAAAAGAUACUGAUUGUGAAUCAAUUUCUUCUUGUCAACCGGAUGCGCUUGGAAUUAUGAAAUGUGUUCCGGUUUGCCUUCAGUUCACAUGCCCAAAUAAUUCAGCGUGUAUUGCUGAAGCUCAUAAAGGCCAAUGCCAAUGUUUCGAUGGAUUUUCUGGUAAUCCUAAUGAACGAACUGGUUGCCAGUCAAUUCAAAAAGAUUUAUGUGGCUCAAAUUCUGAGUGCUCCGAACAAGACAUUUGCCAAGUAGAUAUCAAAGAACAAAGACGCGCUUGCGUCUCAGCAUGUACGUCUGUCAAUUGUGGUCCCAACGCCAUAUGUGUGGUUAAUAAUCAUGUCGCCAAAUGCCAGUGCCCUCCAGGAUCUUAUAUUGGAGACCCGAACGAUUCAUCAAUAGGUUGUAAAGCUGUGCCUUGCGUGUACAAUAUUGAUUGUCCACCUACUCAACUCUGUAACAGGAUGACCCAUACAUGCCAAGAUGUUUGUGAUGAAGAAUCAUGCGGCACUAAUGCAGUAUGUAUAGGAGUUGAUCAUAGAACUUCAUGUCAGUGCCCUCCAGGAUUUUCUGCUAAUCCCAGUGCAGAAGUGGAAUGUGUUUUAGUAAAUGCUUGCAAAUCAAAUCCAUGUCAUAAUACAGCCUUAUGUCAGCCAAAUCAAAAUGGAUAUAAUUGUAUUUGUCCAGAAGGUACUAUUGGAGAUCCCUUUGUUACGGGAUGUAGACCAGAAGGAAAUUGCCCUAAAGGAGAUUCGGAUUGUCCGGAUAAUUCCAUUUGUUUGCAAGGAAACUGCACCAACCCAUGCACACAGGUAUCUUGCGGUCCAAAUGCAGUGUGUAAUAUAGUUGACCGUAAAGCAAUUUGUGGUUGUAAUAUUGGCUAUAAAUCCGCAGAAAGUGGUAUUCAAGAGGGAUGUUUUCGAACUGUUAUUACCUGUACGUCCGAUUCAGAAUGUGGAAAUGAAGUUUGUUAUAAAGGACAAUGCAGGCCGGUUUGUAGAAACAACGACGAUUGUUCCAAGGGAGAACUAUGUGUAAAUAACAAAUGUGCAACUGCUUGCGCGGAUCAUAGUCAGUGUCUCAGUAAUCAAGCUUGCUUGGAGGGUAUGUGUACUAUUGGAUGCAGAAGUAAUAAAAAUUGUAUAUCCGAGCAAGCCUGUAUUAACAAUCAAUGCCAAGAUCCUUGUCAAAAUAAAGAUGUGUGUGGACCAAACGCUCAAUGUUCGUGUAAAAACCAUAAAACUAUAUGUAAAUGUCCUUCCGGUUUUCAAGGAAACCCUACUCCAGAGCAGGGUUGUAUCCGCAUUCCUGUUCUAUGCGAUAAUAAACAAAAAUGUCCGACUAACCACAAGUGUUUUAACGAUCAGUGCACUUUAACAUGUGAAGGUAACACGCAAUGUGCAAUUGGGGAGAGAUGUACAAAUAAAGGAUGUCUAAAAGUUUGUUUUGCUGACAAUAACUGCUUAGCGGGAGAAAUUUGUCAAAAUGAAGUGUGCCAACCAGGUUGUGCUGCCGAUACCGACUGUAAAGAUUCUCAAUCUUGUAUUAAAGGCAAAUGCAAAUGCAAUGUCGGCUUUACUGAAACAGCUCAUGGAUGUAUCGAUAUAGACGAAUGCGAAGCUCAUCCGUGUCACAGAGAUGCAAUUUGUAAAAAUAAUUUAGGAUCUUAUAUUUGCACAUGUCCUGAUGGUAUGGUGGGCGAUCCUUAUACAAGCUUAGGUUGCACUGGGCCUGGGUCAUGCAGAUCAGACAGAAACUGUCCAGAUAAUUUAGCCUGCAAACGAGGAAAAUGUAGAAAUAUCUGUGAUUCGUCUAAAUGUGGAAUCAAUGCACUAUGCGAAGUAAGAAAUCAUAAAAUGUCAUGUGUAUGUCCAGCUGGUCAUUUGGGCAAUCCUUUUGAUAAGAAUCUAGGUUGUUUUAAAGUCGAAUGCAUUGAUAACGAUGAUUGUCCAACAUCCAGGUUUUGUAAUGCUCACUCUAACAAAUGCUUAGAUCCUUGUGAUUUUAUUGAUUGUGGUAAAGGUGCAUGUUCUUCUGAAAAUCACGAUGCAGUGUGUAUAUGCUCUGAGGGUUACCACUUAGAAAACGACAAAUGUGUAAAUAUCAACGAGUGUAUUGAAAGUAAUCCUUGCCAUCCUACUGCCCAAUGUAUUGACACUGAUGGUGGAUUUACCUGUGUUUGUAAUGAAGGUUUGGUAGGAGAUCCGAUAACCACGGGAUGCAGAACAGCUGGAGAUUGCCUUACUGACUCUGACUGUCCAUCUUCUGCAUACUGCAACAAUGAGAUUUGCCAAAACCCAUGUGAGAUAACAGGAUCCUGCGGUCUUAACGCAAAUUGUAUACCAGUUGCUCAUAAAGCUUCUUGCAAGUGUCCCGACCGAACUAAAGAAGAUGCAGAACACAAUUGUAUACCAAUCGAAUGCAGCGAUAAUAAUGACUGCUCAAAUGAAAAGUCAUGUAUUGACUCAGUUUGCAUUAAUCCUUGUUCACUAUCCAACGUUUGUGGAAAGAACUCCCAAUGUGUAGCACUAAAUCAUCUAGCAACAUGUGCUUGUGAAGCUGGUAUGACUGGAGACCCUCACUUAGGCUGUGUAUCUGUGCAAUAUUGCGCCAACGACAACCAGUGUCCUCAAGGUUUAAAUUGCUAUAACGGGAUUUGUACAUCUUUAUGUGGUAGUCAGCGAGAUUGCAUCACAGAUCAACUAUGCAUUCAAGGAUAUUGCCAGCCUACCUGUAAAACAAAUUCGUCGUGCCCGCAACAUCAAUUUUGCGUAAACAAUAUAUGCCAGCAAGAAGUACGAUGUCGUACGAACAAUGAUUGCGAUCACUCUGAAAAAUGCUUAAUAAACUCUCGUAAACAACCAGACUGUAUAAAUGCCUGUGAAGGUGUUAUUUGUGGACGAAAUGCUGAUUGUGUAUCUGAUAAACAUAGUGCACGCUGUGUUUGUAAAAAGGGCUUCAAAGGAGAUCCCAAUAAUGAAAAAGAAGGAUGUCAAAAGAUCGAAUGCCAAACUAAUGAUGAAUGCUCUAGUGAAAAACUUUGUGACGAAAAUAUGUGUAAAAUUGCUUGUUUAGUACAUAAUCCUUGUGGCAAGAAUGCUUUAUGUUCGGUCGAGAAUCACAGACAAAUUUGUUAUUGUCAGCCGGGGUAUACAGGCGACCCCCAUAAAAAUUGCGCACUAAUAGAUUUCUGUGCUGAUGAACCCUGCGGACCUAAGUCAAUUUGUACUAAUUCCAAAGGUUCUUUCAAAUGUCAGUGUCCAAAUGGUCUGAUUGGAGAUCCAUACAAUGAAGGUUGUAAAACUGCAGUAGAAUGUGUUAAAAAUUCAGAUUGUCCACAAGCAGCGUUUUGCGAUAAAAAGGAAAAUAAAUGUAAAAGUGUAUGUCAAAAUGCACAAUGUGGUGCAAACGCUGAAUGUAUAUCUGUAGAUCAUGUAGGACACUGCAGUUGCCGAAAUGGUUACGAAGGAAACCCUACAGAUUUAAAACAAGGAUGUCGACCUAAAUUAGUUAAAUGCAAAUCCACUCUAGAAUGCCCAGCUAAUACGUAUUGUUAUGGAAACACUUGUACACCCCCUUGCAAAAUUAACGACGAUUGUUCAACAUUUGAACAGUGUGCACAAGGACAAUGUCUUAACCCUUGCAGUCUACCAAAAGCAUGUGGCAUGAAUGCCCAGUGUGAUGUCCUUAAUCACCAGAAGCUUUGUACGUGUUCUGAAAAGUUUAUAGGAAAUGCUACUACUGAAUGUAUUAGAUCACCCAUGACAUGUUCUUCUCACAUAGAAUGUCCAUCAAAAUUCACAUGUCAGGAAAAUCUUUGUAUACCACAAUGCAAAUCUGAUCUGGAAUGUGCCGCUAAUGAAAAAUGUCUUAAAGGAAACUGCAUGCUAACUUGUCGCGUAGACAACGACUGUUUUCUGGGACAUAUAUGUGCAAGAAAUAUGUGUAGAUUUGGUUGUCAUACCGACGACGAUUGCGGCAGUAGUGAGACCUGUUCAAACAACAAAUGUUUAAACCCUUGUAAUACCAGUCCUUGUGGUCCAAAUGCACAUUGUUCCGUUUCCAACCAUCGUGCAAUUUGUUCCUGCGAGACUGGAUUAGUGCCAAAUCCCACCCCUAAGAUAGCUUGCGUACGGACCCCUGCCGAGCCUUGCUUACAAAAUAGCGACUGUUCUGACAGCUACAUAUGCAAAAAUCAGUUUUGUAGAAAUAUUUGUUCAUCUGAUGAGGGAUGUCUUAAUAACGAACGUUGCGAAGGUGGAGUAUGUAAACCAAUUUGUAGAAAAGAUGACGACUGUAGGAAUGGAGAAAUUUGUGAAGGUAUAAAGUGCGUUGUUGGAUGUAGAGCUAGCACAGGUUGCCCAUCAGAACAAUCUUGUGUGAAUAAUAAAUGUAUUGAUCCAUGCUCAUCUCCGACGGCUUGUGGUACUAAUGCAAAAUGCAGUGUAAUAGAUCACAAAAAGAUUUGUCAGUGUCCAGCACCAUUAAUAGGUGAUCCAGGUGAAAUAUGUGAACAUGAGUUAAAAGCUUGUUCUAGUACAGGAGAUUGCCAUAAAGAUGAAAAGUGUGUUACAAAUAUAUGUAGAGCAAAUUGUAAAAUAGAUAAGAACUGCUUAAGUAACGAGCGUUGUAUAAAGGGCAAUUGUCAGCAGAUAUGUAAUUCCGAUAGAUACUGUGGAGAUAAUCAAAUAUGUGAAAAUCGUUUGUGUAUAGUAGGUUGCCGCAAUGAUUCUGUGUGUUCAGAUGGCGAAGCUUGUAUUAAUAAUAAAUGUCAAGAUCCAUGCAAAGAAUUUACAACGUGCGGUGUAUGUGCUAGUUGUACAGUCAAAAAUCAUUUAGCGCAAUGCAGCUGCCCGACCAACUUUUUGGGCGAUCCUUUGAUAUCUUGUGUCCAGGCAGCUAUCAAAUGUAAUGAUCAUUGCGAUUGUGAUGAAGCAGGAUAUUGUACGAAAGUUUGUCGAGCAAAUAACGAUUGUUCCUGUGGUGAAGCAUGUUCGGGCGGGCAAUGUAGAAGCACAUGUUCAGCAAAAUUAGGAUGUGCCCAGGGACAGAUUUGUUCAGAAGGUGUUUGUGUUCCAGGAUGUAUUUCUGACAACGAUUGUUCAAAUUCAGAAUCGUGUCAAAAAGGGAAAUGUGAAAAUUUGUGCAAACAAUCUAAUGCAUGUGGAAAGAAUGCCAUUUGUCGUGUGGCAGAUCACAGAAAAUUAUGUCUAUGUCCAGACGGUUACCAAGGUAACGCAGAUGUAUUCUGUUCUGUUUCCAAAUGCCGAACAGAUAACGAGUGUGACCUCAACAAAAAAUGCGAUAGUAACGGAGCAUGUAUCAAUCCCUGUUUGGAGAAAGGCGCUUGUGGUGCUAACGCACAAUGCAAAAUCGUUGAUAGAAAGGCAUUCUGUUCUUGUCCUCCAGGGUUUAUUGGAAAUGCACUAGUAGAGUGCAAGCAAGGAGGUACAGAUCCAUGUCUUAAAAAUCCAUGCGGACAUAACGCUAAAUGCAAGAACUUACCAAACGACAACUAUGAAUGUACGUGUACCCGAGACUGUGUUGGUGAUGCUUAUAGAGGUUGCGAAUGCGACAGUAAUACUGUAAAUUUAUGUAAGACGAAGCGUUGUGGUGUUGGAGCUAUAUGCAAAGUCCUUGGAGGCAAACCUCAAUGUGCUUGCCCCUCAAAUAUGCCAGCCGGUGAUCCUACGAUUGAGUGUUCUCUAAAUGUAGCUGCUCUAGAUUGCAGAACCGAAGGAUGUGGUAAGAACGCGGAAUGCAUACGAGAACAGGCAUUCUUCGUAUGCCGUUGUAGGCCUGGAUUCUCGGGCAAACCCGAACAAGAAUGCCGCAGGGCCGCCGAAUGUAACACUGACACCGACUGCCCCGACCAGAAAGCUUGUCUCAACUUCCAAUGCGUAAACCCUUGCUCCUUGAAAGGCGCUUGCGGCGAGAACGCCCUCUGCAAAACCAUUCAACACCGGCCGCGCUGCUCGUGCCCCGAGUGUCACGUCGGUUCUGCGACGGUGUCGUGUCGUCCAGACCCCAAAUGCCUAGAGACGCACCCGAGACCGGCGGGGGUUCCCGUGUGCUUCGCAGAUUCCGAUUGCAACGCCACCUUGGCUUGCGAUCUCCGUUCCGGUAGAUGUUACGAUCCUUGCCCCGGCCUCAAGUGUGGCAAUAACAAGAAAUGCGAGGUGCACUACCAUCGACCGACUUGCGUAUGCAAAAGUGGGUUUAUGGUGAACGAAAAAGGAGAAAUUUCGUGCGCUCCCGAACACUCGGAGUGUGUCGGCGACAAAGAGUGUCCUAGUAAUAAGGCUUGCAUAGAGCAACUGUGCCAAGACCCGUGCACGACCGGCACGACAUUGCCUUGCCCAUCGGACAAGGGCUGUGACGUAGUAAACCAUAAACCCGUAUGCAUUUGCCUGAAGAAUUGUAGCCCUUCUCUGUCGAUUUGUUUGAGAGAUAACGGCUGUCCUGCAGAGCAAGCGUGCAGAGCGUUCCGAUGCGAGAAUCCCUGCGACACAGCCAAUUGUCCGGAAAAUACCCCCUGCCGUGUCGAAGACCAUAAACCCGUGUGCCAGUAUUGCCCCCCAGGAUAUAAACAAGACUCGAAAUUUGGAUGCCUCAAAGAUGUGCAAUGCCGAUCUGAAUCAGACUGCACGUCCCAACAAUCGUGCAUAAACAGGAAAUGUCAAAAUCCUUGUCUUGUAUCCAAUCCUUGUACGAACUCUCAAGACUGCCAAGUACAAAAUCAUCAGCCAGUAUGUGUUAAAGUUUGCCAAUGCCAGCAAGAUAGGGAUUGUGCUCACUUAGGACAACGAUGUGAUGGUUGUAAUUGCGUAAUAGAAACCUCAAGAAAUCCUCAAUGUUCUCACUGCCCACCUGAUGUUCCUUGCGAUCCACUAACGGGAGCCUGCCAGAAAGAUAUGGUUACAACACCAGAAACACUAACUGAAACACAAUACCCAAUAACCAAUGCUAGUUCCGCUACUACUCUAACAUCUAAAUCGGAAACGGAGCUAACUACCACUAGUAGUGCUUCAAGCGAAUCGACGACACAAGUUCCAGAAAUGUCAACGGAAAGAAUUGCACACGUUUACCCUGAAACCGAAACCACUGCGAAAUUUAUUACGGUAACACCGCAAUACCCCUCUUUUGAACAAACAACUGGAUCACCUGAUAGUUUAACAAAAGAAUCUCAAGAAGUAACGAGACUAACCACAAUAAACUUGAAAAUCACUACAAGAGAACCCGUAGAGGAAGAAACAACUGUAAGUGGUGCAAAUUUAGAGAAUGCCACUAAAACAACUAAUGCUAUUUUAUUCACGGAAGAGACCGAUAUUUCAAAUUUAGAAACAUCUACAAUUAAAAGUGAGAACUUAAAAACAGAUCAGCCUUUAGAAGUAGAACACAGUACUAAGCAUUUAGUACUUACUACCGAAGGUAGAUCAAAUACCCGAUACCUGGAAGACUCGACAGCUAUCGAAUCAAAUGUCACAUAUGUUAAAGAGAAAUAUACAACUAGCAAACCACUUUCAACCUUGCCAUUUAUUGAAACAUCUGCAACAACCGAAAAGGAAUAUAGUUAUUAUGAAACAACAAUUUCUAGCGAUCUCUCUAAAACCGAAACUUCUAAGCAUACAACAGAAGAAAGCACUAAUUUAGAAGAAACUACAAUAAGUACUUCUACUCAUUUUUUGCCUACUGCAACUGAGGGUAUAACUAACACUGAUUUUAUAACUGAGAAAACUACUUUAACUGAUCAGACAACAUAUAAAUCCUUUUCUACAGAAACAACUACUUCUGAAAUCAAACCAAGUAAAAAUAUUUCCACGUCACAAUUUGACACUACUACGAUAACAGGUAUUACUUCUGAAUCUGAGUUAACGCAUACUGUUACUCAAACUAUUUCAACAGAAACUGCUACUUCAGAAACUGAAUUAAGAAAAACCACUUCCACGCCCCAAGUUGACACUACUACUUUGACCAGUAUUACUUCCACUGUAAACGAAACAUUAUCCACCACUGUCCCGACUACACCUAAGCUAAAAGAAUCUGAAUUAAUACAUACUGUUACUCCAACAAUUUUAAGAGAAACAACUACUUCUGGUAUUGAAUUACCUAAAACCACUUCCACGUCACACAUCGGCACUACUACAAUAACAGGUAUUACUUCUGAAUCUGAAUUAACGAAUAUUAUUACUGAAGCAAUUUCAACAGAAACUGCUACUUCAGAAAUCGAAUCAAGGAAAACCACCUCCACGCCCCAAGUUGGCACUACUACUUUAACCAGUAUGACUUCUACUAUAAACGAGACAUUAACCACCACUGUUCCGACUACACCUAAGCCAAAAGAAUCUGAAUUAAUACAUAGAGUUACUCCAAUAAUUUUAAGAGAAACAACUACUUCUGGUAUUGAGUUACCUAAAACCAUUUCCACGUCACAGAUCGGCACUACUACAAUAACAGGUAUUACUUCUGAAUCUGAAUUAACGCAUACUAUUACUGAAGCAAUUUCAACAGAAACUGCUACUUCAGAAAUCGAAUCAAGGAAAACCACUUCCACACCCCAAGUUGGCACUACUACUUUAACCAGUAUUCCUUCUACUGUAAACGAAACAAUAACUACCACUGUCCCGACUACACCUAAGCCAAAAGAAUCUGAAUUAAUACAUACUGUUACUCCAACUAUUUUAACAGAAACAACUACUUCUGAAAUUGAAUCAAAUAAAACCACUUCCACGCCCCAAGUUGGCACUACUACUUUAACCAGUAUUACUUCUACUGUAAACGAAACAUUAACCACCACUGUCCCGACUACACCUAAGCUAAAAGAAUCUGAAUUAAUACAUACUGUUACUCCAACAAUUUUAAGAGAAACAACUACUUCUGGUAUUGAAUUACCUAAAACCACUUUCACGUCACAAAUCGGCACUACUACAAUAACAGGUAUUACUUCUGAAUCUGAAUUAACGCAUACUAUUACUGAAACAAUUUCAACAGAAACUGCUAAUUCAGGAAUUGAAUCAAGGAAAACCACUUCCACGCUCCAAGUUGGUACUACUACUUUAACCAGUAUUCCUUCUACUGUAAACGAAACAAUAACUACCACUGUCCAGACUACUCCUAAGCCAAAAGAAUCUGAAUUAAUACAUACUGCUACACCAAUUAUUUUAACAGAAACAACUACUUCUGAAAUUGAAUCAAAUAAAACCACUUCCACGCCCCAAGUUGGCACUAGUACUUUAACCAGCAUUACUUCUACUGUAAACGAAACAUUAACCACCACUGUCCCGACUACACCUAAGCUAAAAGAAUCUGAAUUAAUACAUACUGUUACUCCAACAAUUUUAAGAGAAACAACUACUUCUGGUGUUGAAUUACCUAAAACCACUUCCUCGUCACAAAUCGGCACUACUACAAUAACAGGUAUUACUUCUGAAUCUGAAUUAACGCAUACUAUUACUGAAGCAAUUUCAACAGAAAUUGCUACUUCAGAAAUCGAAUCAAGGGAAACCACUUCCACGCCCCAAGUUGGCACUACUACUUUAACCAGUAUUACUUCUACUAUAAACGAGACAUUAACCACCACUGUUCCGACUACACCUAAGCUAAAAGAAUCUGAAUUAAUACAUACUGUUACUCCAAUAAUUUUAAGAGAAACAACUACUUCUGGUUUUGAAUUACCUAAAACCACUUCCACGUCACAAAUCGGCACUACUACAAUAACAGGUAUUACUUCUGAAUCUGAAUUAACGCAUACUAUUACUGAAGCAAUUUCAACAGAAACUGCUACUUCAGAAAUUGAAUCAAGGAAAACCACUUCCACGCCCCAAGUUGGUACUACUACUUUAACCAGUAUUACUUCUACUGUAAACGAAACAAUAACUGCCACUGUCCCGACUACACCUAAGCCAAAAGAAUCUGAAUUAAUACAUACUGUUACUCCAGCUAUUUUAACAGAAACAACUACUUCUGGAAUUGAAUCAAAGAAAACCACUUCCACGUCACAAGUUGGCACUACCACAAUAACAGGUAUUACUUCUGAAUCUGAAUUAACGCAUACUAUUACUCAGGCAAUUUCAACAGAAACUGUUACUUCAGAAAUCGCAUCAAGGAAAACCACUUCCACGCCCCAAGUUGACACUACUAGUUUAACCAGUAUUACCUCUACUGUAAACGAAACAUUAACGACCACUGUUCCGACAACACCUAAGCCAACAACAGAAGCAAUGUACGAAAAAACUGAAUCAAUACCGUUUUAUAGUACCACCAGUAAUACAGCUGAAUCUACUCUACCAACGUUACAUGACACGACUGAAUACGUUCCUUAUUCUAGUACUACUCAUGAUCAAGAAGAACUUACAACUCAAAAACAGCAAGAUAAAACGGAAUCUGUUUCAUACUCAAGUACUACUAUUAGCCCAGCCACAUCCAAAAUACCUAAAGUGUAUGAGAGUACUACAGCUAGUCAAACUGAAUUUACAACUGAAAAAUUCACUACAAAAGAGCUGACUGAUAAAACAGAAUCUAUGUUAUAUUCAAGUACUGGUAGAGAAGUUGAAUUGACAGCACAAAAUAUAGUUAGUACAACAGAAUCGGUUCCGUAUUCUAGUAGUACUACUAAACUGAGUACACAAAAAAUUAUAACAGAGCCAACUCUGUAUACUAGUGCUACUGCUAAUGAAGCUAGCUUUACAACAGUAAAAGAAGCUGAAUCUACAACACAUGAAAUUUUUGAAAAAACAGAACCAGUUCUGUACACUAGUGCUACUACUAACAAAGUUGACUUGACAACACAAAAACUACUUGAUACGUCAGAAUCUGUUCCGUACUCUAGCAGUACUGUAAAUGAAUUGGAAUUUUCAACAAAAAUACGUGAUAAAACAGAGCCAGUUCUAUACACUAGUGCCACUGUUAAUGAAGCUGACUUGACAACACAAAAAAUACUUCAAACAACAGAAUCAACAACAGUACAUGGUAUAACAGAAUCAAUUCCAUAUACUUCUUCUACAGCUCAUACCGAUGAGAAGUUAAAAACUUCGCCACAGCCAGAAAUGGAAACCUCUACAAUGUCAACUACUCUUAAACCGCACGUCAUUUCUGAGACCACGCAAAGUACAAUGCAAACAUCUGGAGAAAUAGAAGGUGGAGAAUUUACAACUUCUACUGUGUAUAAAUCCAGUCGUCAGCAAACUACACCAACAUUUUAUACUGAACCAGUUAAAACUACAACAACAUUUUCGGCAUCUACAGAACAAUCGCCAGAAACUAGUUCAUAUUUAAGUAAAACUACUACAACUGGUGGUGCUGAAACGCUGUUAACUACUGAACGUAUAUCUAGUCAAAGCACAUCGACUAAUCUGCCAAUUCAAGAAGCUUCUACUUAUAAAGAAGAGCAAACUACGCAAAAAUCAUUUGACGAAACUUUAUCGUAUAGAAAUAAAGAAGGAAUAGAGGGAAUAUCUGCUAUUUCAACCUUAUCUACAGAAUAUCCUGUUGAGCAUUCCACAGAAAGUGCAUUUAAAACAUUAAUAACUGAAAAAAUACUGAGCACGACACCAAAAAUAUCUAUAUUGGAUAUUAUAAAAGAAAAUAUAACAACCCCAAAUGUGACAUCUACAAAAUUGUAUAUUGAAACGACAGAAAGUAGUAAACCGCCUCCCGAAUUAGAAAUAUGUCAGUAUAAUGAAGACUGCCCAUUAAAUAAGGUGUGUGAUAAACUUCAGAGAGUUUGUACCAAUGUAUGUAUAAAAGAUUUGUGUGGUAUAAAUGCUGAAUGCGUUCCUCAUAACCAUAAUUAUGUUUGUCAAUGUUUAACUGGAUAUACCGGAAAUGCUUAUGUUGAAUGUAUAGUUUCUGUCUCAGAACCAGAAGUUACUACACAUAAAGUAAUCCCUGACAUGAUUACCGAACAUACUCAAGUUAGUGAAAUACUUCAUUCUACAAAACAAGCUGGUACUACACCAAGUUUUACGUCUGAAGGUGGUACAGAUUUCACUCCUUUGGCAUCGCAAAGAAGUACGACAUCAACAACCGAAAAAGUUACAUCUCAUAAACAAACUGUAACACCAGUAUAUACUGAGGGUACUUCUGCAUAUACUGAAACUGAGACUUCCGUAACUGGUAUUCAUCGUAUUACAGAAACCCCAUUAAUUUCCGAAUUAUUUAAUAAAACUGAGCCAACCGAAAGCAUCACAAACAAAACCACUGAAUUUAGUGUAGAAACAACCACUUCUACUAGUUCUGGUACUAGAAUAACAGAAACUCAGGUAAGUCAAGAAAUACCAGAAACAGAAUAUCCUUUAAGUACUGGCUAUACCAGUGUACGAACAACAAAUGGCAAGAUGACAUCGACAGAAAAAAUGGAAGAAACAACCUUACCUACUAAAAUACGCAUAACAACAGAGAGCACUAUUCCCGUUGACACAUCUGAAUUUGUAGGCAGUACAACAGAAUCUGCAAAGACUAAUACAACCGUUUCAAAUACUCUUCAGGCUAAUACAGAGUCUCAGACAACAUCUAUUCCGACAAUAAUGACAACGUCAGAAUCUUUAAAUACCGAAGGUUCUAAAUAUACAGAAACUCCAUUGCAUACUAUAACCUCGACAUUACCAACUACAGUUACAGAAAUUUUCCCCUUCGAUACCACAAAUUUGACUACUACAGAAAAAACAAAAGACCUUAGUACAGUUUUAACUCCCAAAGAAUUUAUUGAAUUAACAACUCUUGGUAGAACAACAGUUACGUUAAAUGGCACAGAAGUAAUUGAACUUACAACUGAAAAAGCUACUACUACAACGAAACAAACGGUAAUGGUGUCAACUUCGCAAAUAGAAGAACUAACAACAACCGGUACCGUUAUUGUUAAUACCACUUACAGUGACUUAUAUUCUACUACACCGCGACAGAACAUUCCUGAAUAUACUACAAUAAAUUUAGCAACGUCUGAAUAUCUAACAACAACCCUACCAACUGAAACUAGUACACAAAGCAGUGGAACAACAGUAACUGGUUAUGAAUCAGAAACUAAAUCAACUACUACUGAAAAGGCGUUUUAUACAAUGACGUUUAGAUCUCCAACAACGGAACCAUAUUCUUCGACUACUACAAUGAAAUCAACAGAGGAAGGUUUCGAAAGAAUGACGACCUUUAGUACGUUGCUUACAGAAAAAGAGUUUUAUGAGUUAACUACUAUCGGUAAAACUACAAUUCAUAUUGGAGAAACUGAAAGUAUUGACAUAACAACUCCAGAGUAUAGUGCUGGAGGUCGUACAGUAUCGACCACAGAGUCUUAUAACAGGUAUACAGUGGUAAUGUCUACUUCCGAAAUAAGAGAGCUAGAAACUACCGGAACCGUUAUUGUAACAACGGAAAGAAGUACUGAGCAAACAUCAGCUUUUCCCAAAUCAGGAGUUACCGAGUUUGAAACUACUACUAGAACCGAUAAAGAUUUACAUGAGAUUACUGAAUCAACAACAUCGCCUAUCACGAAACCAUUGGCAACAUCUACCGAACAUUACACAGAAUCUACAUUGCAGGUAUCUACCGAAACAAGCACGUACCGCUUAGAAGAAACUACUAAAAAUAUCGCAGAGGAAAUUACUACAGAAACUAUAUUAACCACAACGAUGUUUAGCAAAGACAUUCUAUCAAUUACAAACUAUACACAACAACUAAAAAAUCAAACUGUCGAAUGCUUAACAGAUAACGAAUGUGAGGAUGCGGAGGUGUGUCUAUUUAAAAAAUGCAUUAACGUGUGCUCUGUGGGAAGCCUUUGUGGGGUAAACGCUAUAUGUACUGCUGAGAAUCACGCAGCUGAUUGCACUUGCCCACCAUACCAUUACGGAGACCCACAUAGGACGUGCUACCCAGCAUCGCCUAGCGAAAGGGCGCCUAAGCCUUGCGAGUCUGACACGGACUGCCUCGAGUCGGAGGCGUGUUACUUGUCUCUUUGCCAAGACCCUUGCGAGUUUACACGAGCCUGUGCAGCUAGUGCCCGGUGCCAAGCCAAAAUGCACCGACCGAUAUGCACUUGCCCCAUGGGAUUCGAAGGGAAUCCUGCGGUCAAGUGUUCCAAAUCUCCUACAACAUCGCCUAGCGAAAGGGCGCCUAAGCCUUGCGAGUCUGACACGGACUGCCUCGAGUCGGAGGCGUGUUACUUGUCUCUUUGCCAAGAUCCUUGCGAGUUUACACGAGCCUGUGCAGCUAGUGCCCGGUGCCAAGCCAAAAUGCACCGACCGAUAUGCACUUGCCCCAUGGGAUUCGAAGGGAAUCCUGCGGUCAAGUGUUCCAAAUCUCCUACAAUUGGUUGCACUAGCAAUGAAGAGUGUCCCCUUAGUGAAGCAUGUAUAGCUAAUGCAUGUCAAAGACCCUGUGAUGUUCAUAACCCUUGUGCUGCCCAAGCUGUUUGCAUCAAUACGAAUCAUGGAUGCGAUUGUAGUUGCGAAGAAGGUUACCAAGGCAAUGGUUUUGUUGGCUGUGAACCAGUUUUAGAUUAUAAGCCUAUUUGUCAAUAUAAUGAAGAUUGUCCUCCAAACAAGCUCUGCGACAGAUUGAACAGAUUAUGUAUUAAUCCUUGUUUCGAAGACUCUUGCGGAGAUAACGCCGAGUGUAUUCCCAAAAAUCACGGUACCGAGUGUAGAUGUUUAGCAGGUUAUGAAGGAAAUCCAUUUAUAGAAUGUACAAGAGUUCAAGGAUGCCGACACGAUGAAGAAUGUUCCAGUAAUGAAGCCUGCAUUAACAGUCAAUGUAUAUCACCGUGCAAUUGUGGAGCUAAUGCCAUCUGCGAUGUAAUCUAUCAUAAACCUCAUUGCAAAUGUCCCGCUGGAUAUCUAGGAAAUGCGGCAAUAGCUUGCCAAGCUCCUACUAAUCCAUGCGAUCCCAAUCCUUGUGGAACAAACGCGCUUUGUGAAUUAGAUAACGGAAACCCUAUUUGCUUCUGUCCUAAAGGAUUAACUGGAAAUCCAUUUAAAAAUUGCAUUCCAGAAGGGGAUGAAUGUACACCAAAUCCAUGUGGACCUAAUUCUGGAUGUAGAGUCGUCGGCGGAAGCGCUGUAUGUUUCUGUCUUCCCGAAUAUGAGGGUACUCCUCCGCAGGUACCUUGCAGUUUGCCAACAAACCCUUGUGACCCAUCGCCUUGCGGACCUAAUACUCAAUGUACUAUUCUAUCUAACGGUUUUGCCAAAUGUACGUGUCUCCCUGGUUUCUUGGAGAGCCCCAAUACUAUUCGUGGGUGCGUAGAAGCUAAAAAUCCUUGUGAACCAAACCCUUGUGGCCAAGGAGCAUUUUGCGAUCCUCAUGGAGAACCAGUUUGUUAUUGUCCACAUGGUACUCUGGGUAACCCUUACAAAAGCUGCGCAGCUUCGGUUGAAAAAACUCUUUGCAGUCCUGGUCCAUGUGGUGUUAAUGCUGAUUGUUAUGUUUCGAGCAACGAAGAACAGUGCUUCUGCCGCGUUGGCUUUAUUGGAAAUCCAUAUGUGGGAUGUAGGCUUGAACCACCUAGUCCCUGUGUGCCCAACCCUUGUGGACCAGGGGCACAGUGCGUAAUAACUCCCGAUGGAAAUUCUUUAUGUCGCUGUCCUGAAGGUAUGGGAGGUGACCCAACAGGCGCAAUCGGCUGCUUUGGAUUCGAGUGCGUAGUUGAUGAAAACUGUGGAGAUCAUCAAGCUUGUAUUUCUUAUAGAUGUAUGGACCCUUGUCCAGGAUCUUGCGGUAUAAAUUCCGAGUGCCGUGUAGAAAAGCAUCAUCCUGUAUGCACCUGUAAACCAGGACUCACAGGAAACCCUAUCAUCAGAUGUUUCCCAGUACCGCAGCCUCUUCCACAGCAUAAUCCAUGUAUGCCAAAUCCCUGCGGUCCCAAUACUAUUUGUCAAGUUUUAUCCGAUCGUGCUGUUUGUUCUUGUUUACCAGACUUCCACGGAGAUCCUCAGAGCGGAUGUCAUCCAGAAUGUUAUAUUAAUUCAGAUUGCCCAAUUAAUAAAGGAUGCAUAGAUAGGCAUUGUAGGGAUCCUUGCGCUCAAAGUCACUUAUGUGGGGUUAAUGCCAAUUGUCAAGUCAGAGAUCACACGGCAACAUGUAUUUGUAGUGAGGGCUAUAGGGGAGAUCCAUUUUUACAAUGUAUUAAAACACCAGUUGUAACAAUUCCAACAUAUCCUAAUAUUACCACUCAACCAUGUGUACCUUCUCCUUGUGGAAAUAUGGAAUGCAGUUUAUAUGGCACACAAAUAGCUGUCUGCGAUCCAUGUUUGGGCCCUGAAGCUGCUUAUAAUCCGCAAUGUCGACCAGAGUGUUUAAUAAAUGGCGACUGUCCAUUCAACAAGGCAUGUAUUAGGUUUAACUGCAUAGAUCCGUGCCCUGGAUCUUGUGGAAUUAAUGCAAUAUGUUCAGUAGUAGCCCACGCACCAAUUUGUUCAUGCCCUGCUGGUUUAAUAGGAGAUCCUUUCCAGCAAUGUGUUGUUCCACAAACCCCAGUAAUAGAAGAAGAAACAUGCGAAAACGUGAGAUGUGGUGUUAAUGCUGAUUGCAUAAAAACAACCAACGGUUUAGCCUGUGUCUGCAAAAAAGGAUACUUUGGAGAUCCUUGGUUAGCUUGCCGACCAGAAUGUGUAAUUAAUCCAGAUUGUCCGUUGAAUAAGGCUUGUAUAAAUGAAAAAUGUCAAAAUCCUUGUGAUGGAGUAUGUGGAGUAGGCGCACAAUGUGAUGUAAUUAAUCACAUCCCAGUUUGUAGUUGUCCUCCAAAGUACACUGGAGAUCCUUUCGUAGCUUGUUCGAUAGUUUCAUAUCUUCCUCCAGCACCACCUGAAAAUCCUUGCGAUCCAUCACCAUGCGGACCAUUUAGUAGAUGUCUUGUAUCUCAUCAAGGGUACGCUACAUGUUCUUGUCUACCUAAUUAUCAAGGAAUUCCGCCAGCAUGUAAACCUGAAUGUAUUGUAACCUCUGAUUGUCCGCCAAUUAAAUCGUGUAUUAAUCAAAUAUGCACUGAUCCAUGCCCAGGCACGUGCGGUGUUGGUGCUGUAUGCACCGUUAUAAAUCACAAUCCUAUUUGCAGUUGUCCAGCCGGACAAGAAGGCGAUCCGUUUAUAAAUUGUUACACGGCUGUUGUUGAAGAGCCUAAAAUACCAUUUACUACGGCAGAACCUAUUAAUCCAUGCAGUCCAUCACCUUGCGGUCCGAACUCGAUUUGUCAAGUCAAAGAAGAUCGACCAGUUUGUUCCUGUGUAGCAAAUUAUAUCGGUAGUCCACCAUAUUGUCGACCCGAAUGUUCAAUAAACCAGGAAUGUCCAUUACAUCAGGCAUGUCUUAAUCAAAAGUGUAUAGAUCCGUGUGUUGGUAACUGCGGCCCUAAUGCUAAAUGCGACGUAGUAAAUCAUACACCCUUCUGUAGUUGCCUGUCCGGAUAUGAAGGAGACGCUUUUAUCGGUUGUACAAAAAUUCAGAGACCAAAAGAUCCAUGUAAUCCUUCUCCAUGUGGAGAAAAUGCUCAAUGCAGUUACAAUAAUGGGGCGGCUAAGUGUUCCUGCAUUCCUCCUUACAUAGGAAAUCCAUAUUCUGGAGGAUGUAGACCGGAAUGUUCUACAAAUUCCGAAUGUCCAUCUAAUUUGGCUUGUUUGUCUUUACACUGUAGGGAUCCUUGUCAGGGUUUAUGUGGGUUUAACGCUGAAUGCAGUGUUUUCAAUCACGUUCCUGUGUGCACCUGUUCUAAAGGACUAAUAGGAGAUCCUCAAGUUUCGUGCGACAGGCCACCAGUAAAAGAAUCUCUUUGCAAGCCAUCACCAUGCGGUCCAAACAGUGUAUGUCGUGAACAAAAUGGACAAGCAGUUUGUUCAUGUCAAGUUGGAUAUUUUGGAGCUCCUCCACGAUGUAGACCGGAGUGCCUUGUCAGUUCAGAAUGUUCUCUAGACAAGACAUGUAUCAAUCAAAAAUGCGUAGAUCCUUGCCCUGGAACAUGCGGAAUUAAUGCUAAAUGUCAAGUUCACAAUCACAACCCGAUUUGCAGUUGCCCACCAAACUUCGUUGGCGAUCCAUUUGUUCAAUGCACAGAAAAAAUAGAGAAAGAAGUCCCUACUACGCCUUGUAUUCCAUCUCCUUGCGGCGCUAACGCAGAAUGCCAGACAGUAUCCAACCGGGCAGUUUGUCGUUGCUUGAAUGGAAUGUUCGGAGCUCCGCCCAAUUGCAGGCCGGAAUGUACCAUUGACCAAGAUUGCCCGAUGAAUCUUGCUUGUGCAAAUCAAAAAUGCAAGGACCCGUGCGUCGGCUCAUGCGGUUUUAACACGGAGUGUACUGCCAUCAAUCACCGUCCAGUAUGCAGCUGUCAAAGCAACUUCGAAGGAGAUCCAUACGCCGGAUGUAAUCCAAUCGCAGUCGUAGAAGAACCGCGACACCCUUGCAACCCAUCCCCAUGCGGUGCAAAUGCUCUUUGCAGAGAACAAAAUGGAGCGGGCUCUUGCUCUUGUAUAACAGGGUAUUUCGGCGAUCCGUAUUCAGGUUGUCGUCCUGAAUGCGUAACCAGUAGUGAAUGUGCCCAUAACAAAGCUUGUCUCAAUAUGAAAUGCGUAGACCCUUGUCCUGGAACUUGCGGCGUUAACGCAGAAUGUUCUGUUAUUAAUCAUAAUCCGCAAUGUUAUUGUACUCCCGGCUACACAGGAAAUGCGUUGAUUUUGUGCCGAAAAAUUGAACCCAUUGUUGUCGAAACGCCAAAAGAGAACCCUUGUGUCCCAUCACCUUGCGGCCCUUACAGCACGUGUCGCAUUCAAGGGCAAAGACCGGUGUGUUCUUGUAUAUCAGGCUAUUACGGAUCUCCCCCCAUGUGUAAACCUGAAUGCAUUAUCAACUCUGAAUGUACUUUAGACAAGACAUGCCAAAAUCAAAAAUGCGUUGAUCCUUGUCCAGGAAUAUGUGGGAUUAAUGCUCUAUGCAGAGUCGUAAACCAUAGCCCUAUUUGUAGCUGCCCUCAGUCCUUUGAAGGAGAUCCCUUUAUUAGAUGUUUACCGGAAAUAAAACCGCCAGUUGCUAUCGAAAUAUCAAAUCCAUGCAUCCCCUCUCCUUGUGGGUCUUUUGGAGAAUGUAAAAAUGUGAAUAACAGAGCAGUAUGUUCAUGUUUACCAAAUUAUAUUGGACAACCACCCAAUUGUAGACCAGAGUGUGUAAUCAAUUCCGAAUGUUCUUUCAAUAAAGCAUGCGUUAACCAAAGAUGUAAAGAUCCGUGUCCAGGAUCUUGCGGCUCCAAUGCUCAAUGUAAUGUAGUCAAUCAUGUUCCUGUAUGCUACUGCUUUGAAGGUUAUACAGGUGAUCCAUUUUCUGGAUGCCAAAAACUAAUCGCUAUCGAAGAACCCUCACAUCCGUGCAACCCUUCACCUUGUGGGGCAAAUGCCAACUGUAAAGAAUAUAAUGGAGCGGGAUCGUGUACUUGUAUAACUGGCUACUUUGGCGACCCCUAUACUGGAUGCAGACCCGAAUGUGUACAGAACUCUGACUGCCCUAGAGAUAAAUCAUGUGUUAACAAUAAAUGUAAAAAUCCUUGCUCUGGAACAUGCGGACUUAAUGCAGAAUGCUUUGUUAGAAAUCAUGCUCCAAAUUGUGAUUGUUUACCUGGAUUUACAGGGAAUCCAACUAUAUCUUGCCACCAAAUACCCACAAUAAUUGAACAACCAAGAGAACCAAUAAACCCAUGUGUACCAUCUCCUUGUGGACCUUAUAGUCAGUGCAGGGAAAUAAAUAAUAACGCUGUAUGUUCUUGCUUGCCAAACUAUAUUGGGGCUCCACCGAUGUGCAAACCGGAAUGUGUAGUCAGUUCAGAAUGUUCGCAAGACAAAACAUGUAUAAACCAGAAAUGUAAAGAUCCUUGCCCUGGUUCCUGCGGACUUAACGCUAAAUGUACAGUUAUAAAUCACAAUCCCAUAUGUACCUGUCCGUCAGGAUUUACAGGAGAUCCGUUCAUUCGGUGUAUAGAGGAAAUCAAGCGUCCAAUAAUUGAAGAGCCUACCGGUAAUCCGUGUAUUCCAACACCUUGUGGCACAAAUUCGAACUGUAGAGUGGUAGGAACACAAGCUGUAUGCUCGUGUUUACCAAAUUAUAUUGGCCGCGCACCAAACUGUCGACCGGAAUGCACAAUCAAUCAGGAAUGUCCAGGAAAUUUAGCUUGCAUUAACGAAAGGUGUAAAGAUCCUUGCCCAGGCACUUGUGGAUUCAAUGCUCUUUGCAUCGUUACCAGACACUCGCCCAUUUGUCAGUGCCAAGCAGGUUUUACCGGUGAUCCAUUUAGCGGGUGUUCUCCUAUACCUAUCGUAGCUCCUGUUGAAAUACCACAACCUUGCAAUCCAUCUCCUUGUGGGGCAAACGCUAUCUGCAAGGAACGAAAUGGGGCAGGUUCGUGCUCUUGUUUACCCGAGUAUUUUGGCGAUCCGUACACCGCUUGCAAACCUGAAUGUGUAACAAAUUCCGAUUGCUCGAGAGAUAAGGCAUGUUUCAAUAAUAAGUGUAAAGAUCCUUGUCCUGGAAUAUGUGGAAUUAAUGCCGAAUGUCGUGUAUCUAAUCAUGUUCCGUCUUGUUCUUGUCUGAGUGGAUAUACUGGAAACCCGUCUGUCUCUUGUCAUAUUAUCGUUCAACCAAUAAUAGAAGAAGAACCGGAACCAUGCCAACCAUCGCCAUGCGGUCCUUAUAGCAUUUGUAGAGUCACUAACCGACAUGCAGUGUGCUCUUGUCAAGAAAACUAUAUCGGAUCACCCCCUAUGUGUCGACCCGAAUGUAUGACUAGUUCAGAAUGCUCGCUCGAUAAGGCGUGUAUCAAUACCAGAUGCACAGAUCCUUGCCCGGGAACCUGCGGUAUCAAUGCCAGAUGUCAAACUGUCAAUCACAACCCGAUAUGUAGCUGUUCUGUCGGUUUUACCGGUGAUCCGUUUAUUAAAUGCAAUCAAGAAGAAAGAAAACCCGAACCGCUUCCUCCAGCAAACCCUUGCGUACCGUCUCCAUGCGGUCCAAAUUCUCAAUGUCGCGUUGUUGGAAACACCCCGGCGUGUUCUUGUAUUCAAAACUUUAUCGGCCGACCUCCAAACUGUCGGCCAGAAUGUACCAUAAAUGCCGACUGUCCAGCAAAUCUAGCAUGUCAAAGAGAAAAAUGCGUGGAUCCGUGUCCAGGUUCCUGCGGAUCCAAUGCCGAAUGCGUAGUAAUCUCGCAUCGUCCAACUUGUAGUUGCAGAACUGGAUUCACGGGCGAUCCUUUUUCAGGAUGUGUCCUUAUAAUAACUCCGGUAGUUGCAGAAGUUCAAAAUCCUUGUAAUCCUUCUCCGUGCGGUGCCAAUGCGGAAUGUAGAGAGAAAAAUAAUGCGGGAUCAUGCGUGUGCAUUCCCGAUUACUUUGGAGACCCUUAUACCGGUUGUAGACCGGAAUGUGUUACUAAUUCCGAUUGUGCUAGAGAUAAGGCCUGCGUAAAUAACAAAUGUAAAGAUCCAUGUCCAGGCACUUGCGGUUUGAAUGCAGAAUGUACAGUUGCCAACCACGCACCGUCUUGUUCAUGUCUACCUGGAUACACCGGAAAUCCCUUGGAUUCUUGUAGAAUUAUACCACCUAUAGAAGAACAACCCAGAGGAAACCCUUGUGUGCCUUCACCCUGUGGCCCUAAUAGUAUUUGUAAAGAAAUUGAUAAUCAUGCUGUUUGUUCAUGUCUACCAGAAUAUAUCGGUUCACCACCUUCAUGUAGACCAGAAUGUAUGGUUAGUUCAGAAUGUGCGCAAAAUAAAGCAUGUAUCAAUCAAAAAUGUAAAGAUCCUUGCCCUGGAUCCUGUGGAAUAAAUGCUCGUUGCCAAGUAGUUUCUCAUAAUCCUAUAUGUAGUUGUCCCGAAAAUUACGUAGGAGACGCAUUUGUCAGAUGUGUCUUACAAGAGAAACAACCUGUUGUUGAACCAACAGGAAAUCCUUGUGUUCCUUCUCCUUGUGGACUUAAUUCUCAAUGUAGGGUUAUAGGAACACAAGCCGCUUGUUCUUGUCUACCAAACUAUAUUGGUCGGGCGCCAAACUGCAGACCAGAAUGUACAAUAAACUCUGAGUGCCCAGGAAAUCUUGCAUGCCAAAACGAAAAAUGUGUAGAUCCUUGUCCAGGUUCAUGCGGUGUAUUUACUACAUGUAUAACAUUAAAGCAUAGGCCGGUCUGUCAAUGUAUUUCAGGAUACACUGGUGAUCCUUUCAAUGGAUGCUCUGUUAUACCCCCUCCCCCUGUUACAGAAAAACCUCAAAAUCCAUGUAAUCCAUCGCCUUGUGGGGCGAAUGCUAUAUGUAAAGAAAGAAAUAAUGCCGGAUCUUGUUCUUGUUUACCGGAAUACUUUGGAGAUCCUUACACAGGAUGUAGACCAGAAUGUGUAACCAAUUCUGAUUGUGAUCGUAGUAGAGCCUGUGUAAAUAAUAAAUGCAUUGAUCCUUGUCCUGGUACUUGUGGACUGAACUCGGAAUGCAACGUGAUAAAUCAUACACCAUCAUGUAUUUGCAUACCGGGAUAUACUGGAGAUCCCACCCGUGCUUGCAACCUGAUACAAGCGAUUAUAGAAGAGCCAUCGAACCCAUGCCAACCCUCACCUUGUGGGCCAUAUAGUACAUGUAAAGAAGUAAACGGCAUAGCCGUGUGCUCUUGUAACAUUGGAUACGUCGGCGCACCACCCAUGUGUCGCCCAGAAUGCGUAGUUAGCUCUGAAUGUUCCCAAGAUAAAGCCUGUGUAUCUCAGAAAUGUGUAGAUCCUUGCCCAGGAACAUGCGGAAUAAAUGCUCAAUGUAGAGUCGUCAACCACAAUCCAAUUUGUAGUUGCGAUUCUGGAUACACAGGAGAUCCUUUUACUAAGUGCUCUAAAAUUGAAUUACCUCCACCACCUAGAACUCCUGAAAACCCAUGCUUACCUUCACCUUGUGGGCCUAACUCACAAUGUAGAGUCGUUGCCGAUCAGCCUGCAUGUUCUUGCUUACAAAACUUUAUCGGACGACCACCAAAUUGCCGUCCCGAAUGCCUAAGUGAUUCUGAAUGCGCCAAUCAUUUAUCGUGCAAAAAUGAGAAAUGUAAAGACCCUUGUCCGGGACUGUGCGGUAUUAAUGCGCAAUGUACAGUUGUAAAUCACAAAGCUGUAUGUUCUUGCUUCCCUGGAUAUACCGGGGAUCCAUUUAGUUCUUGUAGUUUGCCACUUCCACCUUUAACUGAAAGACCCGCCACACCUUGUUCGCCAUCUCCAUGUGGACCUAAUGCCGAGUGCAGAGAAAAGAAUGGCGCCGGAGCUUGCUACUGCGCGCCAGGUUACGAAGGUGACCCGUACGAUAAUACCAGGGGAUGUCGCAGAGAAUGUGAAGUUAACAGCGAUUGUGCAACUAAGUUGGCCUGUGUAUCAUAUAAAUGCAUCGACCCCUGUCCUGGUACCUGUGGAACUUUAGCAGAGUGCCACGUAAAUAACCACGUACCUAACUGUAUAUGUCCUGCAGGAUAUACCGGUGACCCAUUCUUCCAAUGCAGAAUUAUACCAACGGAACCCCCGCCGCCUAUAAACCCAUGCCAGCCAUCACCUUGUGGACCAAACAGCCAAUGUAGGGAAGUAAACAGUCAAGCUGUAUGUUCAUGCUUACCAUUAUAUAUUGGUUCGCCUCCAAACUGUAGACCUGAAUGUGUAGUAAACUCAGAAUGUCAAUUAGACAAAGCCUGUAUCAACCAAAAGUGUGGUGAUCCUUGCCCUAACACCUGUGGUUUGGGUGCUCAAUGUACUACGAGAAAUCAUAAUCCGAUCUGCGCCUGCCCACCCGGGUACACAGGAGAUCCGUUCAAAAGAUGUUCUAUUCAGGCAGUGGUCGCUGAGCCUCCAUCGACCGAAAGACCCAAUCCCUGUUAUUCAAAUCCUUGUGGUCCUAACUCAGAAUGCAGAGUAGUUGACGGAGGAGCGUCUUGUUCUUGCUUGCCGAAUUAUAUUGGUGCUCCACCAAACUGCCGACCUGAGUGCGUACUUAGCUCAGAAUGCUCGAGCGCUUUAGCAUGCAUCAAUCAGAAAUGUAAAGACCCGUGCCCAGGAUCAUGUGGUUCUAAUGCUAGAUGUAGUGUAUUAAAUCAUAUCCCUAUAUGCUCGUGCUCGGAUGGAUACACCGGCGAUCCAUUCACAAAUUGUUAUUUGUUACCGCCCUCGACUACAGAACAACCUAGACCUCUUGAUCCAUGCAACCCUUCGCCUUGCGGAACAAACGCUCUUUGUAACAACGGUAUAUGCACAUGCUUGGCUGAAUACAGUGGAAAUCCUUAUGAAGCGUGCAGACCAGAAUGUGUCCUCAGUGCUGAAUGUACAAGAGAUAAAGCUUGUAUCAGAAAUAAAUGUGUAGACCCCUGUCCAGGAACUUGCGGUCAAAAUGCUCGAUGUGAUGUUAUUAAUCAUAUACCCACAUGUUCUUGUCCAGAUGGAUAUACCGGAGAUCCGUUCCAAAAAUGUCAUGUAUCAGAGCCGCCACCAAAACAAAACCCUUGCAAUCCAUCACCUUGCGGACCCAACAGUCAAUGUCGAGAAAUUAAUGAGCAAGCCGUCUGUUCCUGCUUAGAAGGUUAUCAAGGUAGCCCUCCAGGAUGUCGACCCGAAUGCGUAGUCAGCUCCGAAUGUGUUCAAAAUAGAGCUUGUAUUAACCAAAAAUGCAUCGAUCCUUGCCCAGGAACUUGCGGAGUGAAUGCUCGAUGUGAAGUACGAAAUCAUAGUCCAAUAUGUAGUUGUGGGGAAGGACAAACCGGUGAUCCAUUCCAAAUUUGUAAGGAAAUUCCUCCAGAACCAGUACCAGUUCCAAGAAAAGAGCCUUGCAACCCUUCACCUUGCGGGCCAAAUUCCGUAUGCAGAACUAUAGGAGACUCGUAUGACUGUAGUUGCCUGCCAAACUAUAUCGGAAAUCCACCAAAUUGCCGACCAGAAUGUAUAAUCAACACAGACUGUCCUAGCACGCAGGCUUGCGUUAACAACAAAUGUAAAGAUCCGUGUCCUGGUAUUUGCGGAGAUAAUGCGGAAUGUUCAGUAAUAUCUCACACAGUUUCCUGCUCGUGUUUAUCGGGAUAUACGGGCAAUCCAUUUGUUCAAUGUAUUGUAAUAUCCGAACCUAUCAAGCCUUGUGAACCAUCUCCAUGCGGAGCCAAUGCAGAAUGUAAAGAAAGAAAUGGCGCGGGAGCAUGUAUAUGUUUACCUGAUUACCAAGGAAAUCCUUACGAAGGCUGCAGGCCAGAAUGCGUACUUAGUUCAGAUUGUCCCCAGAACAAAGCUUGCAUCAGAAGUAAAUGUAGCGAUCCCUGUCCAGGAACUUGUGGUCAAAAUGCAGAAUGUUCAGUUAUUAAUCACGUGCCCACCUGUAAUUGCAUCGCAGGCUAUACAGGAAAUGCAUUUUCUUUUUGUUCUCCACAAGAAUUACCCAGAGAACCUACUGUUCAUGAACCGAUCAACCCCUGUCAGCCCUCACCGUGCGGACCUAAUAGCCAAUGCCGGAAUGUCAAUGACCAAGCUGUCUGUUCCUGCUUGCCAGAGUACCAUGGUCAACCACCAUCUUGCAAACCUGAGUGUGUAGUCAGUUCGGAAUGUCCUUCUAACAAAGCAUGCCACAAGUUCAAAUGCGCUAACCCUUGUGCUGGAACAUGCGGUAUAAACGCCAGAUGCGAAGUGAUAAACCACAACCCAAUAUGCAUUUGUCCAUCUGGAUUGAGCGGCGAUCCUUUCGUAAGAUGUUUCGAAGUAGUCAAAACUCCAGUUAUUCCUGUUGUUCCGUCAAAUCCAUGCAUACCGUCUCCAUGUGGAUUAUACUCCGAGUGCCGUGACAUUGGAGGACAGCCAUCUUGUACUUGCAAAGUUAACUAUAUCGGAAUUCCACCAAAUUGUCGACCUGAGUGCGUGGUUAACACCGACUGUCCGUCUCAUCAAGCUUGUAUCUCGGAGAAAUGCAGAGAUCCCUGUCCAGGAUCUUGCGGUUUUAACACCGAAUGCCGCGUUCAAAACCACAUUCCCAUCUGCUCUUGUCUUCCUGGAUUUACCGGAAACGCUUUUACUGAAUGUGUAGUGGAACCACCACCUCCGCCACCCAAGAAGGGCGAUCCAUGUCAACCGUCGCCCUGUGGACCAAAUGCACAAUGCAACAACGGAAUUUGUACCUGCUUGGCCUUAUACAAAGGCGAUCCUUAUGUAGGAUGUAAACCGGAAUGUUCCUCAAACACAGACUGCUCUCCUAAUAAAGCUUGUAUUAAUUUGAAAUGCGUGGAUCCUUGUCCGGGUACUUGCGGUCAAAGAGCGAUAUGUAGCGUUGUCAACCAUCUACCUAUUUGUAGCUGUCCGGAAAAUUACGAAGGAAAUCCGUUUAGUAGUUGCAAUCCAGUAACUCGAGUUCCUUCCCCACCAGAAAAUCCGUGCCAGCCAUCACCUUGUGGUCCAAACAGUAUAUGUAGGGUAAAUAACGGCAUUUCAGUGUGCUCUUGUCAACCCGCCAUGAUUGGAAGCCCUCCACAAUGUCGUCCAGAAUGCGUUAUUAGUGCCGAAUGCCCCCUAACGCAAGCCUGUCUAAACCAGAAAUGUGUCGAUCCAUGCCCCGGAACAUGCGGAAUUAAUGCCAAGUGUCAAGUUGUAAAUCACAAUCCCAUCUGUAGCUGUUCCACUGGAUAUACCGGCGAUCCAUUUACUAGAUGCUUUAUAAUACAAGAAGUUAAAGUGGAACGACCUGUCAACCCGUGUCAACCGAGCCCGUGCGGCGCGAACGCGGUGUGCCAAGUGCGCGGCGAGAGUCCGGCCUGUUCGUGCGUCGAGGGUUUCGUAGGCCAGCCGCCCUCCUGUCGGCCGGAGUGCACUAUUAAUCCGGAGUGUCCGAGCGCGCGCGCAUGUAUCAACCAAAAGUGUCGCGACCCGUGCCCGGGCACGUGCGGUCCAAACGCGCUGUGUUCCGUCGUCAAUCACAACCCGGUGUGCACGUGCGGUCCGGGUUUCACCGGUGAUCCGUUCAGAGGAUGCAUCGUGACGCCACAACGUAUUCCUGAAACGGAAUACAUAAACCCAUGUAACCCGUCACCCUGCGGUACCAAUGCGGUAUGCACGGAACGAAACGGUGCAGGAGCCUGUCAAUGUCUACCCGAAUACAUCGGAAAUCCUUACGAGUCUUGUCGGCCAGAAUGUAUCCACAAUUCGGACUGUGCUUCGAAUAAAGCUUGCAUUCGGAACAAAUGCUCCGAUCCGUGCCCUGGAACUUGUGGCACGAAUGCCGAAUGCCGUGUCAUUAACCAUGCCCCGACUUGUACUUGUUUGAACGGAUUUACCGGUGAUGCCUACAGAUAUUGUGUUUUGCCCGCCCCAGAACCUGUACAAGUAGAAAAACAGAAUCCGUGCUUCCCAUCACCUUGCGGUCCAAAUAGUCAGUGCAAAGUUAUAAAUGAGCAGUCAGUUUGUUCUUGUUUGCCCUCUUACAUCGGCAGUCCGCCGGCAUGUAAGCCCGAAUGCGUCAUAUCGUCCGAAUGCCCCUUAAACAAAGCAUGUAUCAAUACAAAGUGUGCCGAUCCUUGUCCAGGAACAUGCGGUUCUCAGGCAAAAUGUCAAGUUAUUAAUCACAGUCCUAUUUGUACUUGCAGGAAUGGUUUUACGGGUGAUCCGUUCACUAUUUGUACUCCAAUACCACCUCCACCCGUUAUCACAGAAGAUAUUGAAAUAAAUCCGUGCAUUCCAUCACCAUGUGGUCCGAACUCUCAAUGUAUUAAUAAUGGAAGAACUCCCUCGUGCUCUUGUUUGCCCCAAUAUAUAGGCGCUCCUCCCAAUUGUAGACCCGAGUGUACAAUUAAUCAAGACUGUCCAAGCAAUCUCGCUUGUAUCCGAGAGAAAUGCGUCGAUCCUUGUCCCGGAUCUUGUGGUGCAAACGCUGUAUGUCAUGUUCAAAAUCACCAUGCGGUGUGCAGUUGUGCACCCGGUUAUACAGGAGACUCAUUCACUAGUUGUUAUUUAAAACCGGUAAUCACUGAGCAUGUUCAAGCAACAGAUCCCUGCAAUCCAUCACCUUGCGGAUCUAAUGCCAACUGUGCUAAUGGUAUUUGCACAUGCUUGCAAGAUUAUCAAGGUGACCCGUAUGUAGGGUGCAAACCUGAAUGUACCCUUAAUAAUGAUUGUCCGUGGAAUAUGGCAUGUAUCCGAUUAAAAUGUGUCGAUCCUUGUCCAGGCACUUGUGGAACGGACGCAACUUGUCAAGUUAUUAAUCACAUCCCAAUUUGCAGUUGUCGAAGUGGGUAUGUCGGAAAUGCUUUUAUUUCUUGUCGUCUCGCCGAAAUUGAAAAACCAAAGAAUCCUUGCAAUCCUUCACCUUGUGGCCCCAACAGUCAAUGUAGAGAAAUCAACAAUCAAGCUGUCUGUUCUUGUGUACCUAGUUUUAUAGGUAGUCCACCAACAUGUAGACCUGAAUGCACAACCAGUUCAGAAUGUUCGUUAACACAAGCUUGUGUUAACCAAAAAUGUAUCGAUCCUUGCCCUGGUACAUGCGGAAUUUCUGCAAAAUGUAUGACAAUUAACCACAAUCCAAUAUGUAUAUGUCCUGAUGGAUAUACUGGAGAUCCAUUUACAAGAUGCGUUCUUGAAAAUAUACAGCCAUCACCACAAAGUCCAUGUCAACCAUCUCCGUGUGGUCCUAACGCCGAAUGCAAUGAUAUUAACGGUAAUCCUUCAUGUGCCUGUUCAGAGUUUAUCGGAAUCCCACCAAACUGUCAUCCAGAAUGCAUAAGUAAUAGCCAAUGUGCCAGUCAUCUAACCUGCAUUAAUAGGAAAUGUAAGGAUCCAUGUCCGGGUGUAUGCGGUACUAAUGCCGAAUGUCGAGUCGUAAGUCAUACUCCAAACUGUAUUUGUAAAAAUGGAUUUGUGGGCGAUCCCUUCAGUCAAUGCACGCCAGUAACUGUCGCCGUUCAAGAAAUAAUUACUCCCUGUCAACCAUCACCCUGUGGACCCAAUGCAAGGUGCACAGAAAAGAACAGAGCAGGUUCAUGUGCAUGCUUACCUGAUUAUAUUGGAAACCCUUACGAAGGUUGUCGGCCAGAAUGCGUUUUAAAUUCUGAUUGUCCGCAAAAUAAAGCUUGUAUCAGAAAUAAAUGCAUUGAUCCUUGCCCCGGAACAUGUGGACAGAAUGCUAAUUGUCAAGUAAUAAAUCAUAUUCCCUUAUGCACUUGUUUACAGGGUUAUACCGGUGAUCCAUUCAACUUCUGUCGAGUAAUUGUUAUUGAGCCAAUAUCUGAGGAAAUUCAGGUAAAUCCAUGUCAGCCAUCUCCAUGUGGCCCUAACAGCCAAUGCCGUGAAGUAAAUAAACAAGCAGUUUGUUCAUGUCUACCUAGUUACCUUGGUAGUCCCCCUAACUGUAGGCCUGAGUGUACUAUUAGCUCCGAAUGUUCAGCAGAUAAGGCCUGCAAAAGUCAAAAAUGUAUUGACCCAUGUCCAGGAACAUGUGGCAUCAACGCUCAAUGUAAAGUAAUCAACCAUAGUCCAAUUUGCAGUUGCAAUAUUCGAUUUACUGGAAAUCCAUUGACCAGAUGCUACCCUAUUCCACCACCAACUUUCGAAACCGCCAUAGCACCUGUUAGUGAUCCAUGCAUUCCAUCGCCAUGUGGUUUGAAUUCGAUAUGUCGUAAUAUCGGUAAUACGCCAUCUUGUUCCUGUUUACCAAAUUAUAUUGGAUCUCCACCAAAUUGCAAGCCAGAAUGUUUAAUAAAUUCAGAAUGCCCAAGUAAUAUGGCUUGUAUUCAAGAAAAAUGUAAAGAUCCAUGUCCGGGUUCAUGUGGCACAAAUACGCACUGUUCUGUAUUAAAUCAUGUGCCAAUUUGUACUUGCUUGGAUGGAUAUAUAGGCGAUCCUUUCAAUUAUUGUCAUCUCAAACCUAUCGAAGAACCGAUUGUGGAAUCAGAUCCAUGUAAUCCAUCACCCUGUGGAUCAAAUGCACAAUGCAAUAAUGGUAUUUGUACCUGUCUUCCUGAAUAUCAAGGCGAUCCGUAUAGAGGUUGUCGACCUGAAUGUAUAUUAAAUAACGAGUGUCCUAAAAAUAGGGCAUGUUUAAAAAAUAAAUGUAAGGAUCCAUGUCCAGGAACUUGCGGUACUAAUGCCGUUUGUUCUGUAAUUAAUCACAUACCUAUGUGUUCAUGCCAAGAAAAAUAUACAGGAAAUGCUUUUGUUUUAUGUAAUCCCAUUCCAGUGGAAGCUCCAAAAAAUCCAUGUAACCCAUCACCUUGUGGUCCUAAUAGUCAAUGUCGAGAAUACAACGGACAAGCAGUGUGUUCUUGCGUCCCAGGAUAUCUUGGAAAUCCCCCUACUUGUAGGCCGGAAUGUAUUACUAGCUCUGAAUGUCCCUUAAACCAAGCUUGCUUAAAUCAGAAAUGUAUGGAUCCUUGCCCAGGUACAUGUGGUAUUAAUUCUGAUUGUCACGUCAUCAAUCACAAUCCAAUAUGCAGUUGUCGACCAAAAUACAGUGGAGAUCCAUUUACCAGAUGUUUCCCUAUAUUGGAAGAGACUCAACCUGUCAUUCAAGAAAAUACGUGUGUACCAUCUCCCUGUGGUCCUAAUUCUCAAUGCCGCGAUAUGCGAGGAUCUCCGUCUUGUUCCUGUUUACCUGAUUUUAUUGGAACGCCACCAAAUUGUCGUCCCGAAUGCGUUAGUAACAGCGAAUGCCCUAAUAACUUGGCCUGUCUAAAUAGAAAAUGUAAAGAUCCUUGUACUAACGUCUGUGGAUCAAAUGCACAAUGCAGAGUUGUUAGUCAUGUUCCUAAUUGCGUCUGCAUACCAGGAUAUGUUGGAAAUCCGUUCUUCGAAUGUACUUUACAAGAAUCACCGAUUACUGAAAUUUUAAAUCCUUGCAGUCCAUCACCAUGUGGUAUUAACGCUAUAUGUAAAGAACAAAAUGGAGCUGGCUCUUGUAUAUGUCUACCUGAAUUUAUCGGUAACCCUUAUGAAGGUUGUAGACCUGAAUGUUCCAUUAAUACGGAUUGUGCAUCGAACAAAGCAUGCAUUAGAAAUAAAUGUAAAGACCCUUGUCCAGGUACAUGUGGAUCCAAUGCCGUGUGCCAAGUUAUUAAUCAUCUUCCAUCGUGCAGUUGUAAUCCCGGAUUUACCGGUGAUCCAUUUAGAUAUUGCAGUGCUAUACCAUUAUUAGGUAAUACAAUUUUAUUAAACCCGUGUAACCCCUCACCUUGUGGACCCAAUAGUCAGUGUCGAGAAGUAAAUACCCAAGCCGUUUGCUCAUGUUUGCCAAAUUAUUUUGGAAAUCCACCAAACUGUAGGCCAGAAUGCACAGUUAGUUCCGAAUGUGCUCUAAAUAGAGCUUGCAUUAAUCAGAAAUGUACCGACCCUUGCCCAGGUACAUGUGGCUUGAAUACAAUUUGCAAAGUAGUAACACAUAGUCCGAUAUGUUCAUGCAAAGAUCGAUUUACGGGAGAUCCAUUUUCCAGAUGCUAUCCAAUUCCACAGCCUCAACUAGACAUAGUUCCAGUAGUAUUAACGGAUCCUUGUAUACCAUCACCUUGUGGUCCCAAUAGCCAAUGUAGAAACAUAAACGGUUUACCUUCUUGUUCUUGUCUGUCGAGUUAUAUAGGCAGCCCACCAAAUUGUAGGCCUGAAUGUUCCAUAAACGCAGAUUGCACUAGUAAUCUGGCUUGUAUAAAUGAAAAAUGUAGGGACCCUUGUCCAGGAUCUUGUGGAGCGGGUGCUCAAUGUACCGUAACCAACCAUAUUCCUAUAUGUUCAUGCCCUGAUGGCUUUACUGGCGAUCCGUUUAGUUAUUGCAAUCUAAAACUACCGGAAAAAAUCCAGAAUAAAACAGAUCCAUGUUAUCCAAAUCCUUGUGGAUUUAAUGCACGAUGCAAUAAUGGUAUAUGUACGUGUUUGCCAGAAUACUUAGGCGACCCAUAUCAAGAAUGUAGGCCCGAAUGUGUGUAUCCUAACGACUGUUCGAGGGACAAAACUUGUAUACAAAGGAAAUGUAAAGACCCUUGUCCUGGUACUUGUGGACAAAAUGCUGAAUGUAACGUAAUCAACCACAUUCCCAUGUGUUCUUGCAGAGUCGGCUUUACAGGAAAUGCAUUUUUGGUCUGUUCUCCUAUAAGAGAGGAGGCACCUAAAAACCCUUGCAACCCUUCACCAUGUGGUCCCAACAGCCAAUGUAAAAAAGUGAAUGGGCAAGCGAUAUGCUCUUGCGUAAUUGGGUAUAUUGGUAGUCCACCUAAUUGCCGACCAGAAUGUGUAACAAGUCAAGAAUGUUUAUUAAAUCAAGCAUGCGUUAAUCAGAAAUGCAUAGAUCCCUGUCCCGGGACUUGCGGCAUUAAUGCAAACUGCCAAGUGGUUAAUCAUAGUCCUAUCUGUUCAUGCCGAAAUAAAUUUUCAGGAGAUCCAUUUAUACGAUGCACCCCCAUUCAAGAAGAACCAGUAGUAAGUCGUCCAGUUAAUCCAUGUCAACCAAGCCCAUGCGGUCCCAAUUCGGAAUGCAGAGUAAUUGGUGAAUCACCGUCAUGUUCCUGUUUACCGAACUUUGUUGGUCUUCCACCCAAUUGCAAACCUGAAUGCGUAUCAAAUAGUGAAUGUUCCUAUAAUUUAGCAUGUAUUAAUAACAAAUGCAAAGAUCCAUGCCCCGGUACUUGUGGUAUAAACGCAGAUUGCCGGGUAGUAAGCCACACACCAAACUGCAUUUGUAUCGAAGGAUAUAUAGGAGACCCAUUCCGCGAAUGUUACCCUCAGCCCCAACAAACUCCCGAAAUUUUAAAUCCAUGUUAUCCAUCGCCCUGUGGUUCAAACGCUGAAUGCAAAGAACAUAACGGAGCUGGAGCUUGUACUUGUCUGCCUGAAUAUAUUGGUAAUCCAUACGAGGGCUGCCGACCAGAAUGUUCGUUGAAUUCGGACUGUCCAUACAAUAAGGCUUGUGUUAACAAUAAGUGUCGAGACCCUUGUCCUGGAACAUGCGGACAAAAUGCUGAUUGUCAAGUUAUUAACCACCUACCUAUGUGUACAUGUCGUACGGGUUAUACAGGGGAUCCAUUCAGAUUCUGCAGAGUUCUUCCUGAACCCAUUCAAGAUGAAAUUAUACCUACAAAUCCAUGUAAUCCAAGUCCAUGUGGCCCUAACAGUCAGUGCCGCGAAGUAAAUGGGCAAGCCGUUUGUUCUUGUUUACCAAGCUAUAUCGGAAGUCCCCCAGGAUGUAGACCCGAAUGCACUGUCAGUUCCGAAUGCGCUUUGAAUAAGGCUUGUGUAAAUCAAAAAUGCUCCGAUCCCUGUCCAGGAACCUGCGGAUUAAAUGCCAAGUGUCAAGUUAUCAAUCACAAUCCAAUAUGUAGCUGUAACGUAGGCCAUACCGGUGAUCCAUUUACUAGAUGCUAUCCUAUUCCACCUCCGCAAAUACCAUUGAUUACUGCGGAAGUUACUGAUCCAUGUAUGCCAUCGCCAUGCGGGCCGAACAGUCAAUGUAGAAACAUAAAUGGAGUACCAUCUUGUUCUUGCCUGCAAGAGUAUAUUGGUUCGCCACCAAAUUGUAGACCAGAAUGUGUUGUUAACUCCGAGUGCUCAAGUAAUUUAGCAUGCAUAAGCCAAAAGUGUAGUGAUCCUUGUAUAGGAGCUUGUGGCAAUGCAGCGCAAUGUAACGUUAUAAACCAUCUACCAAUUUGUACUUGUCCAGAAGGUUAUACUGGUGAUCCAUUUAGCUACUGCAUUUUAAAACCACAAGAGGCACCCGUUUAUGAAGACCCCUGUAGCGUGACACCCUGUGGACCAAAUGCUCGAUGUGAUAAUGGUGUUUGUACUUGUUUGCCAGAAUACCAUGGUGAUCCAUAUAUCGGAUGUCGACCCGAAUGUAUUUUAAAUACCGAAUGUUCCCGUAACUUAGCUUGCAUAAGAAACAAAUGCAUUGAUCCUUGUCCAGGAACCUGUGGAACAAAUGCCGAUUGUAGUGUUGUCAAUCAUAUUCCUAUUUGUUCAUGUAUUCCAGGUUAUACUGGAAACGCCUUUAUUCUCUGCAAUCCCGUUCCUAAGCCUAUUCGCACCAACCCUUGCAAUCCCUCGCCUUGUGGUUCAAACAGCCAAUGUAGGGAAGUAAAUGGCCAAGCAGUUUGUUCCUGCGUGGUAGGUUACAUAGGUAGUCCACCAACCUGCCGUCCCGAAUGCGUUACAAGUUCCGAAUGUUCACUUGAUAAAGCUUGUCUAAAUCAAAAAUGUGUGGAUCCUUGUCCGGGUACUUGUGGUAUAGGAGCCACUUGCAAAACUAUAAACCACAAUCCCAUGUGCACAUGUCCAUUCCAAUAUUCCGGAGAUCCAUUUAUUCGCUGCAUUCAAAUACAACCAGUAGAGGCUACUCCAACAGAUCCUUGUAACCCAUCACCUUGUGGACCCAAUGCACAAUGUAGGGAAAUUAAUGGUUCUCCCUCUUGUUCUUGUUUGGCAGAAUUUGUAGGAUCACCACCAAACUGUCGACCAGAAUGUAUCAGUAAUAGCGAAUGCGCUAAUCAUCUAGCUUGUAUCAAUCAAAAAUGUAAAGAUCCUUGUCCGGGAGUGUGUGGAACUAAUGCUGAAUGUCGAGUAAUAAGCCAUACGCCAAAUUGCGUCUGUCUACCCGGAUUUGUAGGAAAUCCAUUUAGUUUCUGUAACUUACCUUCUCCGGCACCGGUCGAAGUGAUUAACCCAUGUAAUCCUUCUCCGUGUGGCGCAAACACACAAUGUAAAGAACAAAAUGGAGCCGGCGCAUGUAGUUGUUUACCCAAUUAUAAUGGAAAUCCUUACGAAGGUUGUCGACCAGAAUGUACCGUUAACUCUGAUUGUCCAUCAAACAAAGCCUGCAGCAAUAAUAGAUGUAUUGAUCCUUGCCCCGGUGUCUGUGGAUCCAAUAGCUAUUGUCAAGCAAUUAAUCAUGUACCCACUUGCAAUUGUCAGCCCGGUUAUACUGGUGAUCCAUUUAGAUUUUGCAAUCUCAUACCAGUGGUUCAACCGAUUCAAGAAGAGCCAAUAGAUCCUUGUUAUCCAUCCCCAUGCGGCCCCAACAGUCAAUGCAGAAAUGUUAAUAAUCAGCCCGUAUGUUCAUGCUUACCUGAGUAUAUUGGUAACCCACCUGGAUGUCGACCAGAAUGUGUAGUCAGUACAGAAUGUCCGCUUAAUAGAGCCUGUGUAAAUAGAAAAUGUGUAGAUCCGUGUCUGGGAACGUGUGGCCUUAACUCUAAUUGUCAAGUAAUAAAUCAUAGUCCAAUUUGUAGUUGUCGAGCAGAAAACACAGGAAAUCCAUUUACUCGAUGUUAUCCUAUUCCACCACCCGUUAUAGAGCCUCUUAGACCAGCCAUAGUUGAUCCUUGUAUACCAUCACCUUGUGGACCGAACAGCGAGUGCAGAAAUAACGGUGGUGUGCCUUCUUGUACUUGCCAAAAAGAUUUUCUAGGUUUUCCACCGAACUGUAAACCCGAAUGUGUAAUAAAUUCAGAAUGUGCCAGUCAUCUUGCGUGUAUCAAACAAAAAUGUCUGGAUCCUUGUCCUGGAUCUUGCGGAUUAAAUGCUGUUUGUUCCGUUACAAACCAUUCUCCUAUUUGUACUUGUUUCGAAGGUUAUGCAGGUGAUCCCUUCAUUAGCUGCUCUCCGAAAAAAACUGAAGUUGUAGUAUCAGAAAGUGACCCUUGUAAUCCAUCACCUUGUGGACCUAAUGCAAAUUGUAAUAAUGGAAUAUGCACAUGUAUUGAAGAAUAUCAAGGCGAUCCUUAUCAGGGAUGUAGACCUGAGUGCAUCAUUAGCAAUGACUGUUCAAGAAACCAAGCCUGUAUUAGAAAUAAAUGCACAGAUCCUUGUCCUGGAACGUGCGGAAUUAAUGCAAUUUGCACAAUAUUCGACCAUAUUCCUACAUGUUCGUGUCCUCCUGGUUUUAGCGGCAACGCUUUUAUACGCUGUUCUGAAGUAAUAGCUCCGCCUGUUGUAAAUCCGUGCUCUCCAUCGCCUUGCGGAGCAAAUAGUCAGUGCAGGGUAAUUAAUCAGCAAGCAGUAUGCUCUUGCUUACCCAAUUAUGUUGGCAGUCCACCUACUUGCAGACCAGAAUGUACUACCAGUGCUGACUGUGCUUUAAAUAGAGCUUGUCUCAAUCAAAAAUGUGUAGACCCUUGUCCUGGUACUUGCGGGAUUGGCGCUAAAUGCCAAGUUGUCAAUCACAACCCAAUUUGCACCUGCUCAAACGGACAAACUGGAGAUCCAUUUAUUAGGUGUCGUCCUAUACCCUUAGAAGAACCUCCUCUGACUAUAAACCCUUGUCAGCCAUCACCAUGUGGCCCAAAUUCGCAAUGUAAGGAUAUAAAUGGAUCCCCAUCAUGUUCUUGCUUACCAGAAUUUAUUGGUGUUCCACCAAGUUGUCGUCCUGAAUGUGUCAGUAAUAGCGAGUGUCCAUCUCACUUAGCAUGCAUUAAUCAAAAGUGUAAAGAUCCAUGUCCAGGCUCAUGCGGCCAAAACGCUGAGUGUAAAGUUAUAAGUCAUGCUGCGAAUUGUCACUGUAUUACCGGUUAUACAGGAAAUCCAUUUACUUCAUGUAAUAUUAUUCCGCUACAAGAACCAAUUGAAAAUAUGAAUCCAUGUAAUCCAUCACCUUGCGGCGCCAAUGCCGAAUGUCGCAUUCAAAAUAAAGCUGGCGCUUGCGUAUGCUUAGCAGAGUUCAUUGGAAAUCCGUACGAAGGCUGUCGUCCAGAAUGUACUAUUAACUCAGACUGUACAUCAAACAAGGCCUGCAUAAAUAAUAAAUGUAAAGACCCUUGUCCAGGAACUUGCGGACAAAACUCUAAUUGCCAGGUAAUCAACCACUUGCCAGCGUGCACAUGCAACCCUGGCUAUACAGGAGAUCCAUUUAGAUACUGCCAUAUUAUAUUACAAGAACCCAUUACUGAAAUUGUUCCUCAAAAUCCUUGCCAACCUAGUCCUUGUGGAUCUAACAGCCAGUGUCGAGAAGUGAACGGUCAAGCUGUUUGUUCAUGUUUACCAAAUUAUAUUGGUAGUCCACCAGGAUGUAGACCAGAGUGCACAGUCAGUUCUGAAUGUUCUAUGGAUAAAGCAUGUAUCAGUCAAAAAUGCAUUGAUCCAUGUCCAGGAACGUGUGGCCUAAAUUCUAAUUGUCAAGUCAUUAAUCACAGUCCAAUAUGUAGUUGUAAAAAUAGUUAUACCGGUGAUCCUUUCACAAGGUGCUACGUCAUUCCACCCCCACCUCAAACAGCGGUAAUUGAACCAAUAAGAGAUCCGUGUGUUCCUUCUCCAUGUGGACCGAAUGCUAUCUGCAGAAAUAUUGGCAACUCUCCAUCUUGUACAUGUUUACCUGAAUAUUUUGGAAGCCCGCCAAAUUGUAAACCUGAAUGUGUCAUCAACUCUGAAUGUCCAAGUAACUUAGCUUGCAUCAAUGAAAAGUGUAAAGAUCCCUGUCCAGGUUCAUGUGGCGUGAGCGCUCAAUGCUUCGUCAUAAACCACACACCAAUAUGUACUUGCCUUCCGGAUUACGUUGGUGAUCCAUUUACUUACUGUUCGCCAAAACCACCUGAAAUUCCAGAGCCUAUAGAAACUGAUCCAUGUAAUCCAUCACCUUGUGGUCCUAACGCUCAAUGCAAAGAUGGCAUUUGCAGCUGUUUACCGGAUUAUCAAGGAGAUCCAUACAGGGAAUGCAGACCGGAAUGUAUUCUAAAUAGUGACUGUUCUAGAGAUAAAGCGUGCAUUAGAAGAAAGUGUGUCAAUCCCUGUCCAGGAACCUGUGGACAAAAUGCUGAAUGCACCGUCACAAACCAUAUACCUAUAUGUACGUGCACAUAUGGCUAUACCGGAAAUGCCUUUAUAUAUUGUAACGUCAUUCCAAAACCGGUUAUUAGCAAUCCAUGCAACCCAUCGCCGUGUGGGCCCAACAGUCAAUGUAGAGAAAUUAAUGGACAAGCAGUAUGCUCCUGCGUUCCUAACUAUAUAGGAAGCCCCCCAACUUGCAGGCCCGAAUGCAUAACCAGUUCAGAAUGCAGCUUAGACAAAGCUUGUGUUAACCAGAAGUGUAUGGAUCCGUGUCCUGGAACCUGCGGUUUAAAUGCAAAUUGCAAAGUGGUGAAUCACAAUCCUAUCUGUAGUUGCUUACAAAACUAUAUCGGUGAUCCAUUUGUCCGAUGCACAUUAAAACCGUUAGAGGAACCUGUAAUUGUUAAUGUUUGCCAACCGUCUCCUUGCGGACCAAAUUCCGAAUGCAAAGAUAUUAACGGUUCACCAGCAUGCACAUGCUUAAAUGGUUUUAUUGGAUCUCCACCUAAUUGUCGUCCUGAAUGUAUUAGUAAUAGCGAAUGUUCGAGCCAAUUGGCAUGUAUACAACAGAAAUGUAUCGAUCCUUGUCCUGGAGUAUGUGGACAAAACGCAGAGUGUAGAGUAGUUAGUCACACUCCCAAUUGCAUAUGUAUAUCUAAUUAUGUUGGAAAUCCAUUUAUUUCGUGUUCACCUCCUCCAUUACCACCGCCAAAAGAUAUAAUAAGUCCUUGUUCACCAUCACCUUGUGGACCUAAUGCAAUCUGUAAAGCACAAAACAACGCAGGAUCUUGUUCAUGUAUUCAAGAUUAUAUCGGUAAUCCAUAUGAGGGUUGUCGACCUGAGUGCACCGUAAAUUCAGACUGUUCACCUGAUAAAGCUUGUAUUAAUAAUAAAUGUAAAGAUCCAUGUCCGGGAAUAUGUGGUCAAAAUGCACAAUGCCAUGUCCAAAACCAUCUGCCUCAAUGUACUUGCUUACCAGGUUAUUCAGGAGAUCCUUUCGCAUAUUGCAGUUUGAUACAAGCCAUUGAAGUGGUACAGAAACCUCAAGACCCAUGUAAUCCAUCACCUUGUGGUCCUAACAGUCAAUGUCGUGAAAUAAAUGGGCAAGGUGUAUGUUCCUGUUUAAUAAAUUACGUAGGCCAACCACCAAAUUGUAGACCUGAAUGUACCGUAAGCUCUGAAUGUUCACAAAACAAAGCCUGUAUCAAUCAGAAAUGUACAGAUCCUUGUCCUGGUGUUUGCGGUAUAAAUGCUAAAUGCAAUGUUAUAAACCACAGUCCAAUAUGUACUUGCAUUCCGACAUAUACUGGUGAUCCGUUUACUAAAUGUUUCUCGAUACCACCAUUACCCCCUGUACAACCUGUCCAGGAUUAUGUCAAUCCUUGUGUCCCGUCUCCAUGUGGACCCAAUAGUCAAUGCAGAGAUCUUAAUCAGCUUCCUUCUUGUACCUGUUUGCCUAAUUUCUUUGGUGCACCACCAAAUUGUAGGCCAGAAUGUACAAUCAAUUCAGAAUGUUCAAGUAAUUUGGCUUGCAUCCAACAAAAAUGCUCAGACCCUUGCCCAGGUUCAUGUGGAAGCAAUGCUAAAUGUUCCGUAUUUAACCACAUUCCUACUUGUACCUGCAUUGACGGGUUUACCGGUGAUCCAUUUACUUACUGUUUACCAAAACCACCGAAAAUCCCGGAACCUACUUUAGCUGAUCCAUGUAAUCCUACACCUUGUGGACCCAAUGCCAAUUGCAACAACGGCAUUUGCACUUGCCUUCCUGAAUACUACGGAGACCCUUACAGAGGCUGCAGGCCUGAGUGUGUUUUAAAUAGUGACUGUGACCGAAGUCGAGCUUGUAUUCGAAACAAGUGUCAAGAUCCUUGUCCAGGUACCUGUGGUACCAACGCGCAAUGUAUCGUUACCAAUCACAUUCCUAUGUGUACGUGCCUAGAAGGGUAUACAGGAAAUGCUUUUACAUUCUGUUCAAAAGUUCAAGAAAUUAUCUUACAAAAUCCAUGCAAUCCGUCACCAUGUGGCCCUAAUAGCCAAUGUAGAGAGAUCAAUCAACAAGCUGUUUGCUCUUGUGUGCCUGGAUUCUUCGGCAGUCCUCCUUCGUGUCGCCCUGAAUGUGUUUUAAGUUCCGACUGCCCCCUGAGCAAAGCCUGUGUAAACAAACAAUGUAUCGAUCCAUGUCCCGGCACUUGUGGUAUUGGAGCGCUUUGUCACGUUGUUAAUCAUAAUCCAAUCUGUAGUUGUCCUUCGCGAUAUACCGGAAAUCCAUUCACACAAUGUGUUUUAAUCCAAGAGCAACCAAUAGAAGUACAAAAAACACCAUGCCAACCUUCUCCGUGCGGUCCAUUUUCAGAAUGUAAAGCAAUAAAUGGACAAGAAGUUUGUUCUUGCCUGCCGGGUUACAUAAAUUCGCCUCCAAAUUGUCGACCGGAAUGCGUCAGUAAUAGCGAUUGUUCCUUUAAUCUCGCCUGUAUAAACGAAAAAUGUAAAGAUCCAUGCCCCGGAGUGUGUGGUACAAAUGCUAACUGCAGAGUUGUUAAUCACAUUCCGGAAUGCUAUUGUCUAGAAGGAUUUACAGGAAACCCGUUCACAUCAUGCGCUCUACCACCGCCCCCACCACCCGAAAUUAUCAACCCUUGUGUUCCGUCGCCUUGUGGAGCAAACGCCAUCUGUAAAGAACAUAAUAACGCUGGCUCUUGCACGUGUUUGCCAGAUUAUAUAGGAAACCCGUACGAAGGAUGCAGGCCAGAAUGCGUUUUAAAUUCCGACUGUCCCUCCAAUAAAGCUUGCAUUUCGAAUAAGUGCAAGGAUCCUUGCCCGGGAACGUGUGGAUCCAAUGCAGAAUGUUCAGUAAUUAAUCAUCUACCUAACUGUUACUGUUUACCUGGAUAUACCGGCAACCCGUUCAAUUAUUGUUCUUUGCAACCUCCAGAACCAGUCGUAGCCAAAGAUGAGCCAAAGAAUCCUUGCCAACCAUCUCCUUGUGGACCGAAUAGCCAAUGCCGUGAAAUUAAUAAGCAAGCGGUGUGUUCCUGCUUGCCGGAUUACAUCGGCAAUCCGCCAAACUGCAGACCGGAAUGUACGGUGAGCUCUGAAUGUGCUCAGAACAAAGCGUGCAUCAAUCAGAAAUGUACCGAUCCCUGCCCUGGAACUUGCGGCCUGAACACUCAGUGUAACGUAGUGAACCACAGCCCCAUUUGUAGUUGUCUGUCGGGUCAUACAGGCGAUCCAUUCACUAGGUGUUACCCAAUUCCGCCUCCCACACCAACUAUAAUUGAAGAAGUUAACCCAUGCAUACCAUCACCUUGUGGUCCUAACGCAGAGUGUCAGAAUGUACAGGGAUCCCCCAUAUGCAGAUGUUUGCCUACAUUCAUUGGAAAUCCACCCAACUGUAGACCCGAAUGCGUGAUCAAUCAAGAAUGCUCUAGUAACUUAGCCUGCAUUAGACAAAAAUGCUCAGACCCUUGUCCAGGCUCUUGUGGAUUCGGCGCUCAAUGUUCUGUAAUAAAUCACACACCGAUUUGUAGUUGUCCAGACGGAUACACCGGUGAUCCGUUUGUUAAUUGUGUCCUUAAACCUCCCGAGGCUCCAAAACCUGUCGAAACUGAUCCAUGUAAUCCAUCUCCAUGCGGAUCCAAUGCUCAAUGUGCCAAUGGAAUAUGUACAUGUUUGCCUGAAUAUCAGGGUGAUCCUUACAGAGGAUGUAGGCCAGAAUGUGUCUUAAACAGUGACUGUCCACGGGACAGAGCCUGUAUCAGAAAUAAGUGUGUUGACCCUUGUCCUGGAACCUGUGGAACUAAUACUGUAUGCUCUGUAAUAAACCAUAUUCCUAUGUGUUCAUGCAUUGACGGAUAUACAGGAAAUGCCUUUGUGAUUUGUUCACGGAUUCCACCCGAAGCACCUAAAAACCCAUGUAAUCCAUCACCAUGUGGACCAAAUAGUCAAUGUCGUGAGAUAAAUGGACAAGCUGUUUGUUCUUGUGUACCAAACUUCAUCGGAUCACCACCUACAUGUAGACCCGAAUGCGUAACUAGUUCCGAAUGUCCCCUAAAUCAAGCCUGUAUUAAUCAAAAGUGUAUUGAUCCAUGUCCAGGCACCUGCGGCAUAAACGCCCAAUGUCAAGUGAUUAAUCAUAAUCCGAUAUGCACUUGUUCCAACGGAUUCACUGGCGAUCCAUUCAUUAGAUGCACACAAAUUCAACAAGUACCAGUCGAAUACAAGAAUCCUUGUAAUCCUUCUCCGUGUGGUCCAAACGCGCAGUGUCGAGAAAUAAACGGAUCUCCAUCGUGUUCUUGUUUGGAAAAUUAUAUUGGACAACCGCCCAAUUGCAAACCAGAGUGUGUCAGCAAUAGUGAAUGCCCCAAUCAUUUGGCGUGUAUAAAUCAAAAAUGCAAAGACCCGUGUCCAGGAACUUGCGGACAAAACACCGAAUGUCGAGUUAUUAGUCAUACCUCUAAUUGUGUAUGUUUACCUGGAUUUACUGGAGAUCCAUUUACUAUCUGCUCUUUAGAAGUGAAACCUAUACCUGUUGAAAGGCCCACACCUUGCUUACCUUCGCCAUGUGGAUCAAAUGCUGUUUGUAGAGAACAAAAUGGUGCCGGAACUUGCUCGUGCUUACCUGAAUUUAUCGGAAAUCCCUACGAAAGUUGUAGACCAGAAUGUACUAUUAAUUCCGACUGUCCGUCCAAUAAAGCUUGCUUGAGAAAUAAAUGCGUAGACCCUUGUCCAGGCACUUGCGGACAGAACGCAGAAUGCCAAGUUGUUAAUCAUUUACCGUCUUGUUCAUGUCUACCAAGAUUCACUGGCGAUCCAUUCCGAUUCUGUCAUUUAAUACCCCCUGAAGUAACGAAAGAUGAAGGUACUCCUUGUCAACCAUCACCUUGUGGACCUAAUAGUCAAUGUCGCGAAGUAAACGGUCAAGCAGUGUGUUCUUGUUUGCCUAAUUAUAUCGGUAGUCCCCCUGGUUGCAGACCUGAGUGUACUGUGAGCACAGAAUGCCCCAGUACAAAAGCAUGUAUUAAUCAAAAAUGUACUGAUCCUUGUCCUGGAACGUGCGGAUUAAACGCAAACUGUCAAGUAGUAAACCAUAGCCCUAUAUGUAGUUGCACGAAUGGAUUUACGGGUGAUCCGUUUACGAGAUGUUAUGCCAUACCACCUCCAGAACCAGCAAAACCGAUUUAUGACCAAAAUCCUUGUUUGCCUUCACCGUGUGGACCAAAUAGUCAAUGUCGCGAUAUCGGUGGAAAUCCGUCAUGUUCCUGCUUACCAACAUACAUAGGAAGCCCACCCAACUGUCGUCCAGAGUGUACUAUUAAUUCUGAAUGCUCCAGUAACUUGGCUUGUAUACAACAGAAGUGCAGAGAUCCAUGUCCAGGUUCAUGUGGCACUAAUGCCCAGUGCUCUGUAAUUAAUCACACACCAAUAUGCACCUGUAUUGAGGGAUAUAUUGGUGAUCCGUUUACUUUAUGUUCUCCUAAACCACCUGCAUUACCAGAACCAGUAGAAACUGAUCCGUGCAAUCCUUCUCCUUGUGGUGUUAAUACUCGAUGCAAUGAUGGGGUUUGUACGUGUCUUCCAGAAUAUCAAGGAGAUCCUUAUCGUGGAUGCAGACCUGAAUGUGUACUUAACGCUGAUUGUCCAAAAGAUCGAACAUGCAUUAGAAAUAAAUGUCAAGAUCCUUGCCCUGGUACAUGUGGUACUAAUGCUGAAUGCGCAGUUAUUAAUCAUAUUCCAAUUUGUUCUUGCUUGACAGGAUACACAGGAAAUGCUUUCGUUAUUUGUUCCAAGAUUCCAGUUGAGAUUCCUAAAAAUCCAUGCCAACCUUCGCCAUGUGGUCCCAAUAGCCAAUGUCGUGAAAUUAAUGGCCAAGCGGUAUGCUCGUGUGUACCGGGUUUUAUCGGAAGUCCACCAGCCUGCCGGCCGGAAUGCGUUACUAGUUCCGAAUGUGCUCUAAAUAAAGCGUGUCUUAAUCAAAAAUGCAUUGAUCCUUGCCCAGGCACAUGUGGUUUAAAUGCACAAUGCCAAGUUGUUAAUCAUAAUCCUAUUUGCAGUUGUCUACCAAGUCAAACAGGCGAUCCCUUUACUAGAUGUUUACCAAUAAGAGAAGAACCUGUAGUAGCGACCAAUCCAUGUCAACCAAAUCCUUGUGGCCCGAAUGCUCAAUGUAAAGCUAUCGGAGACUCGCCAUCUUGUUCUUGUCUUUUAGAUUUUAUCGGUACCCCACCAAACUGUCGUCCGGAAUGUGUCAGCAAUAGUGAAUGCGCCUCUCAUCUUGCCUGUAUUAAUCAAAAGUGUAAAGAUCCUUUGGAACGACCUGUCAACCCGUGCCAGCCGAGCCCGUGCGGCGCGAACGCGGUGUGCCAAGUGCGAGGCGAGAGCCCGGCCUGUUCGUGCGUCGAGGGCUUCGUAGGCCAGCCGCCCUCGUGUCGACCGGAGUGCACUAUCAAUCCGGAGUGUCCGAGCGCGCGCGCAUGUAUCAACCAAAAGUGUCGCGACCCGUGCCCGGGCACGUGCGGACCCAACGCGCUGUGUUCCGUCGUCAAUCACAACCCGGUGUGCACGUGCGGUCCGGGUUUCACCGGUGAUCCGUUCAGAGGAUGCAUCGUGACGCCAC